AUGGAGUCCAACAAAUACCUCCUUCUCCUGCUCCCCUUCCUCCUUGGACAAGGUAAGGGGACUUCUCCCUGUCUGCGACACCAUCUCUCCCAUCUGUCCUGAAAAAAACACCCAAAAUGUUCUUUAACCCUUUGCAUCUUUGCCUGGCAUGUUAGGGUAGUGUGUGACAUUGUGUGUCACUUCAGAUGGACAGUUUGACAUUUAAUGGAGGGGGGUUUAAACAAAUUUCACUAAAAGAAAAUUGAUGCAAAGUUCUAAAAAGUUAAGCCAUCACCAUGGAAACCUGCUACUAGGAUUGCUCCAGUUUUAGAUAUUUGCACAAUUUUCUCAGUAGUGACAUUUUAUAGAUCCUGUCUUUAGUGAUGGUUUAUUUUUUAUUUUUUUUAAAUCAGAAAAAUUGAUGUAAUGUGGUUACAAAUAUUCUUUAACUGCAGAAUUAAAAAAAUAAAUAAAAAAAUGUUAAACUUUAAAACUGGUUACGGUUAUUUUAACCCCUUGAGGAAAAAAUGUUAAGCAGAUCCUUUGAUUUCAAUCUUGGCAUAUCAUCUGUCGUAAAGGGGUUACAUGUGUUCUCUUCUGUCCCUUAAUAUUUUCAUUCUAAUUCUAAAGGGGUGCAUUAAAGCCAGAAACGCAUAUGUUCUACUAAUGUUUAUAUAGUGGGACUGAGUUAUAUAGAUGGUAAGCUCUUUGGGGCCAGCCUCUUUUGAUACCUUUACUUUACCUUACUUGUCAAAUUGUACCUGAUUUGCUUGUAUACCCUUUGUAGCAUUGCAGAAUAUGUUGGUUUUCUACAGAUGUCUAGUGAAGGGGUGGCUUGCUGGUAUCUGUCCAUUUCAUACAGAACUACAUUUAAUGCUUAGCAAGUCUUAUUUCAUGGGAAUAACGGUGUGACAACAGCCGCCUGUCACCCUUCACCUAUAGAUAUAAAUGAUAUUAUUUGUAAUAUAUUUGUAGACACACCACCAAUCUCUUCGCUCCCUCAUUGAAGAAUAUCCAAUUUACUGAUGCUUGGAUAGACUAUUCAAAAAUAAGGAUUUCAAUUUAUCGGUGUUAGAAUCAUCACUACUGUUUAACACAAGUUUAAAAACACCCUGACGUGUUGAGAAUUUCAUAGUAUCUUCUCUAAAACUCUGAUCUGAUUAAACAGGGUUCAGAUAGUAGAAUAAUGUGCAUCAGAUCCCUGUUAGAUAGUUUUUGUUACCUAAAAAUUGUUGGAAGAUGUCAUAAUGGUUCAAUCUUGCUUUUACAAUAUUGAUUUAUUUUUCGAUACUAAAUAGUGCAUUCAGCUGUAGAACAGGAUGGUAUUUUUCCUGAACCCUCUCCUGGUAUUUAGUGUAUUUUUCUAUCCUCUUUCAUCUUGUGUUGUAUGUCGGAGUAAGACAUCGCAGGAGCAUGGACCUGGUACUAUAAUUAAAGGCAUACUAUAGGCACCUGGACAACUUUAGCUUAAAGGGACACUAUAGGCACCCAGAACACUUCAUCUCAUGGAAGUGGUGUGAGUGCGGUGUCCAUGCCCUACUUGGUUCUGCAAUGUAAAACUUUGCAUUUUUUGAGAAACUGCAAUAAUUACAUUGCAGGAAAAGACGGUCUCUAGUGGCUGUCAAUUACACAGCCACUUGAGGUGCUUUCUGGUUGCCAACGGACCUUUAGUCGCCUGACGCUGGACGUCUUCAUACUCUUCAUGAGGUCAUUCAGUGUCCGUAAAAUCCUCAUAGGAAAGCACCGCUCGCCAUGCAUAUGCAUUAGACCCCUCUGUUGGUUGACAUCCGAGUAUGCAGGGCACCCACCCAGCACCAAGGGACAUCGACGCUGGAAUCGGAUAAGUGACUAAAGCUUUUUUUACCAUUUAGCUGCUGGAGGAUGGAGCGCGAGGGAGAGGGGAACCAGGUGGCUCAGUCUAUAGUGUUAGGAAUACAGAUUUGUGUUCCUAACACCAUGGAAUCCCUUUACUGAAGCAGUUUUGGUGUAUAGAUCAUGCCUCUGCAUUCUCACUGCUCAAUUUUUUGCCAAGUAGGAGUUAAAAUACUUUGAUUUUGCAGGCCUAGUCACACCUCCCUGCAUGUAACUUACACAGCAUUCUAAACACAGCAGUGAAGUAGUAGAUAAAAACGUCUAACACAAGCUAAAAUCUGAUUGAAAAUGAAACCUUUUUUUAUGCAGACUGUGUGAGUCACAGCCAGGAGAGGUGUAACUAGAGCUGCAUAAUCAGAAACAAAACUGAUUUAACUCCUAAAUGGCAGAGAAUUGAGCAGUGAGACUGCCGGGGCAUGAUCGAUACACCAAAACUGCUUCAUUAAGCUCAAGUUGUUCAUGUGACUAUAGUGUCCCUUUAAAGCAGCAAUGACACUUGUGGGGUAUUCGCUUCCAUGGUGGAGCAUGGGGGAGAAAGGAAUAGUGAAAUACUUAUCUCAUUACUUGGAACCCCAUCUUCCAUAGCACAGGUAUCUUAAGCUCCUGUCACAUGUCUAUCAAAGUACAGUCUAUAAAAGAUCCCUUGAGACAGCCGGACCGCAAUAGAUGCUUCUGCGCAGGCACAGUGACAUACCAUGGGCAUCUUUUACUCAUUGCGUGAAAAGGUGCCUGUUCCCAUUAGACAUCACAAGUAACUACUGAUGGGAAAUGGCAAGAUGAGGUGACAGAAACUGAUUGGAAGUCAGCCCUUUGCCAUAUGUAGCCAAUAUUCUGCAUCUGCAUAGGACAAUAUUGUCCCUACUUUAAUUAUAUCUCUUGAUUGCACUGGAAUUUCAUUGAAAUCUACAUUAUUAUCAUUAACGCUCUGGGGAACCAUAACACAUUUAUUAUAAUUAAGUUGUUAUGGUGUAAGGAGGUCUCCGGAUGCUGGAUUACCUCAAGGUGUUAAAGGGACACUAUAGGCACCCAGGCCACUUCAUCUCAUUAAAGUGGUCUGGGUGCAGUGUCCAAUUCCACUUAGUCCAGCAAUGUUUAACAUUAAGUAAUUAACUGGCAGGACUAAGAUGGCCUUGCUAACAGACCUUUGGACGGCUAACUGACGCUGGACAUCCUCACGGUCUGCAUGAGCUCAUCCACCAUCAGUUUAAACCCCCAUAGGAAAGCAUUGAUUCAAUAUGUUUUUUUUAACCCUUUAGCUGCCAGAGGUUGGGGGCACAAACGGGGGAAUGGGGGAUGAUUUGUAUUCCUAACACGAUAUAAUCCCCUCAAACUGUUUAACUCCAAAGUUCUAAAUCCAGAAUCGUUAACACAUUCCAUGAACAUGCGCUGGAGUCCAGGGAUUGUAACAGGAAAUCACAGACAGGAGUGUGACUGAUUGGCCGAGAGUGUCAGCUGAUGCUCUCGGCCUAUCAGUAACUCCCCAUUUAGAAAACAGUUAGGGAAAAAAGUAGGUUUCAAGCCUCGGACUGCAGCUGAUGUUCGUACUAACAAGAAAGUUGAUAUGGUUCUCCGAGUGUCCCUUUAAGGUUCUAUCCUACAGUGAGAGUGCCUCCUUCCUUACUAAAAGUGUGUGUUUGGGGGAGAGGGGGAAACACUGAGACGGUAUAGCCCCAUAUUGCUUACUGGGCACUAAAGUAGAUCAGCCUCCAUAUUUCAAUUACCCAUAACCAUGUCUCUGCAGUUAUUUGUGAGAUAUUUUUUCAACGCAGCUCGGUCAGCCUUUCUCUUACAAAUGUCUGCAAUGUGGAGUUUAUCCAUCAGUGCCCAAGGCUGUGUGUAAUCAAUUUCACUUUAAUGAUGUUUGCAAAAUACAGGCUAAUCAAAAUGCAAUGAAGUAUUAAUACAGAUAAAUAAUCCUAUAGUUAAAUAGCUGAAAAGAGACUUGGGUCCAUCAAAUAACAUUAAUGUAUUGGAUCAUCAACACUGUCAUAAAAUAUCAGAAUCAUUCUGAUAGCAUCACGCUUCUAUUAUACAGAAUAUUGUACAGAAAUCUUAUCUGCUGGUAACAUCUGUAGUUCCUUUUGAUCAAUGUCUAGACUUGUCAUGUUAUAAAUAUUUAUUAAAACAUUGUUUAUAUUUACAACUUAAUUCGUAUCAUGCACCCCCAAGUGUUCAUAAAUUUUACUGCACAGGAUUUUUUAAUUAAAUGGGCUCUCUCUUGUUCAAAGUGGCGUUGCCUAUUGCAAUGUUGCAAGUACUGCUGGGAGUUUUCCAUUUUUUUAAAUUUAUAUCUAGAUACAUCUAAGGCGGUUUGCUUGUUCUUGAAUUGUUACAAUAGUCUCAUUGUGAUUUCUUUGAUAAUCUGAUAUGCUAAUUUAACCGCACAGGUAUUUUCAAUAUAAUUUCGAUUUACUGACAUGGUUUUACCAAAAUUUUGGCAAUGACAUACAGUUUUUGCUGUGCCGUAUAUAAUACUAAAUGGUUAGUUGUGAUGGUUUGAAAACUACAUUAAAAAAUGGAGGUGGUUUUGAAUGGUUUAACACUUGUGUUCCCUGGGCCUGUCCAGUCUUGACGAUGCCUUUUUAAUAUAUCUAAAGUGAAAGUUACUUUGACAAUAGCUGUAUCAAUUGCGUCCCAUUGUGCAGCGCUACAGAAUUUGCUGGCGCUAUAUAAAUAAUAAAAUAAUAAUGAUCCUGACUUGGAUGGAAUUUGGUGGCUGAGACCUCCAGUUGACGCCAAUUAAAUCUGUGCAACACACAGGGGGAACAGAUGUCACUAAUUCCAAACUGUACAGAAACAGUUUGAUUCUUACUCAGGAGACAUCGCCAGGAGAAUCCUGACACCAUAACCACUGCAAUAGGCUGUGUGAUUUGGUGAAUAGACUAUCAAAAGAAAACAUUCCCAACAAUGCUAAAUUAGAAGUUUUUUUUCCAAUCUGCUACUACUGCAACCUAAAUUUUAAAGGUCCUUUCAAAGUCGUCACAACUUGCGGUUCAAUGUACAACCUAUACAAAAACGGACUAAUCUUAGUACAUGCAUACAAACAAUAGUGUGUUAAUGUUACACAAAGACAGCUGAGAUAUCAAUAUGUUGGUGUAAUGUGCAGUGCUAUUGGUGUAACACAGACACAGCUGCAGUGUGAAUACAUUGGUGAAACGUGACGUAUUAGUGUAACACAGACACAGCUACAGUGUGAAUACAUUGGUGAAACGUGAAAUAUUGCUAGUGUAACACAAACACAGCUGCAGUGUGAAUACAUUGGUGAAACGUGAAAUAUUGCUAGUGUAACACAGACACAGCUGCAGUGUGAAUACAUUGGUGAAACGUGACGUAUUAGUGUAACACAGACAGCUGCAGUGUGAAUACAUUGGUGAAACGUGACGUAUUAGUGUAACACAAACACAGCUGCAGUGUGAAUACAUUGGUGAAACGUGAAAUAUUGCUGGUGUAACACAGAGCCAGUUGCAGAAUAAAUUGAAUCUGACAUGAAUUCUCCACCAUAAUAGCGUCUCCCAGCCCACACCCGCCACCCAGUCAUCGUACCCAGAUCCACGGGAUAUUUAUACAUUUGCAGCUUAUAUUUAGGGCUGAGCUCAGCCUUUAAUUUACUAUCUAGAGAAACACAAAAGCAUUUUAAUGACAGUCUGUACAUUUUAACUUUUUCCACCAAACCUAGAAGGCUUUUAUCCAUUGAAGGGUUAACCCUGUCACCACAGCAGUUGGAUGUUUUAAUUAUCUUUGAUAUUACACUAUUUUUAAAAGUGAGGUUAGGGCUCGGAUUGGUGGGAGCUUCACUGCUAGAUUCUGCUUCUGUUCUUAAUUCAGCCUUUCUUUCCCUAGUAAUAUUCUGGGGAGAGGAGAUGGAGAGAGGGAAUGCCAAUGUCUGUGUAGCUCCUGUCGUGGCGUAUUUAGUAGAGGGGCUGAAAUAAUGGUGUGAGCUACAAGUAGAACGCCUCUAAUAUUCUGCAGGCCUGGUGCUGUCCUGUGUUUAGAACCCACACACGCCUUUGCAAUUACUGUGUGACAAACCCCAGCAGUGCAUCAUGGGAUUUAGAAACAUGAUCUACGUAUUGAGUUUUCUUAAUCACCACAUACAAGGCAUUUCAUGCAAAUUAGCUCUCUCCUCCCAUCAACCUCUGGGGCAGAGAAAUUACGUUAUGGCAUUAGAGCAUAUGUUUUGUUGGUGUAUAUGAUUUGCCAGUGUUGACAUUUGGUUUUAAAGAGGACAUGUCUGUAGGAGCUCUCUGCUUUCAAACUUGUCACGGGAUCUAGCCAUGUUCAAUGUCUCACUGUAUUUCUUGAGUAUCCAGAUCCCCCCUUUCACCAUUAAAAUAAAAUAUUGAUGUCGGCGGCCGCAACCAUCUUCCUCAGCCUGGCAGUGACAUUAUGUCUUUGCUCCCUCUUUCUGUGAGGGCAUCAGAUCUCAUGCAUGGCUUCUGCUCCCUCUACCGCAGUGGUCAUGGGAGACUCGAGACAUGCAAGCCGGAGGGAUAAUGGCCUAAAAUAAGGACUAUCCCUUCUAAAUAGGGACUCUUGGGAAGUAUUCUCUUUGGUUGCUUGUUAAGAAAGAACAGAAACAAAGUAAAAAGGAUGGCUUUGGAGACAUUAAAAGUAGAAGAAUGGAUUGAGGAAACAUAAAUGUGAUCUGAAGGAGCGGUCAUUGCACUCUGACUGAGCCUAUCAAAGCUUUGUAUGAUUCCUACCUGGUCUUUAUGUGGGGCUUAGAACUCGAUUAUUUGUACACCUGACGCAGCUAUAAGAUAGUCCCUCUGGGUUAUCUAUCAUGUCUUUCAUUUUGUCCAACCUGUGUGAACUGAGUUUCCUCUCUUCCAAUGAGAGAUGCAACUGAAUAAAAAUCUCUUCCUGCAUUAAAUUACUAUAUACCACACGAUACAUUAAAAAUAGGAGGUAUUUUAUCUCACAUUGUUUCUUACUAAUGAAACUUGAGUAAAUUUUACUGUCCUGGAGGAUCUUGUGAAUGGUAAACAAAGUUGCUUGAAAAAUACUUUUCCCAUUAUUGAGUUGUAAUGUUACAAUGCAGUUUUAAUAAUCAAAAUACAGGGAAAAAAAACAAAAACCUAGAGUCAUGAGUGUACUGAAUGAGUAAGAAGGUUUUAUAAGCUGGAUUACAAAGUACUGUAAUGGUAAAAUGUGACAGGCGGGCUCUCAGACACCCGCCCUGGCCUGGCUGGAACUCAGGAAGUGAAAAUGUUGGAAUUGGCUAAGGUCUAGUCCAAGCAUUGCCAUUUCUUUUUUAAAUAAAGCAUUUUCAGUAAACAAAAAACCAACACGCUUUGGGUACUUUGCAGAAAAUAAAUAUCUCUGACUCUGUCCUAAAAAGUGGGUACAAUUAAUUUUUCUCUUUCUGAUGGUAUUUGUUUGGUCCAGUCACUUGAAGAACCAUUAACACAUGUUGCUGUUUCAUUGUCCCAUAUUCCUUCCUUCUGGAACACCUUACAAGCAGGGGUUUAUUCCAAAUUUUACACAUCUGCAUUAUGAUUGGUUGUAUAGACAGCCAAUCACAUUGUAUAUUUACCAACUUUCCAUCCAGGUCUGUUACUUUAGUGGUCAAACUUAAAGGAACAAUAUUGUGUUAGGAAUACUAAACUGUAUUCGUAACACUAUAGUGUCCCUCUGUCCCUGUACCCAUUCCCCACAACCUCAGGGGAUAAACGGUUUUAAAAAAUCUUUUUUCAAUGACCUGAUUUCAGUGCUGAGGUCCCUUGGGCGGGGUGAAUGGUUUCUCCUAUUUCACUGUUCAGACCCUAUGCCAUUGGGCACCUUGUUUUUUUGUGACCUCUUUAGUCUGUCUCUUACCUUUCUUAGCUCAUGAUUUACUUGAUUUUUUUUAUUCUUAUUGCGUUCAGCAAGUUGAUACAAUAACAAGCAUCAUAGUGCCAAUAAGUAUGUAGUAAAUUGGUACAGUAAUACAGAUCACAGUCACUGAAUUUGCAGAUGUAGCUAGGUUACAGAAACCUCAAAUAUAUUGCCGGUAAGGACCAUGGAUGCAUCGGAGUUCUCUGGUGUGUUGGUGGCAUCCAGUUGUCUAUUCUAUCACGAGUACCAGUUGACGAUAGUCUGGCUAGUAUUUAAUGGUGAACACUUUAUUAUUAUUAUUAUUUUUUUAUUAUUAUUUUAUAAAUAAUGAUUCGGUGGAGUUUAGGUGGAAUGAUAGUUUCCCAGUUGUGGAGGGCUAUAUGUGACUGAAUCCACAGUAGAAGCGAGUGAUCGGUAGAUAUGAACCAAACGGGUCCAAGAGUGUGUGGAAGGGGUCGGUCGCUGCGUUCACUCUGGGGGAGGGAGAGGGCCUGGAGGAGGAGAAUCAUCGAAAUGUAGUUGUGAUGUGGUUGUUGUCAAUUUGCAGUGUCUGUUCUGCAUUUUGUGACCACCACAGCAGCCCAUUCUUUUUUUUUGGUACUUGUAAUUUUGUUACUGGUCUAUCCAUUAGUUUUCUAAACUCUUACAAUCUAUUAAUCUUUACCUUCUCUGCUGGAAAGCCAUUCUAUGUAUGUGCAGCUUUUCAUAAAUCUAGUAUUUGGCUAUUGUAGGUUUUAUUGCUGUUAUUAUAUUUAUGUAAAGGUGCAAUGCAUGAGCAAUAGGGUUAUAAUAACGCAGUGCGUGACGACUUUCACAUAGAUGGAAAAGGAAAUAGGAUAAUGUGUGUUUGUAUAAACAGCCAUCGUAAAUGGAAAAAUAUAGACGGUUGUAGUUUGUUUAACAUGGAAUAAAAUGCACAUUGUACAGAUUAUCACAUGUUUUAAUGAGAGGUGAUAUUUGAUAUAAGAAUGAAUCAUGACAUGAAUUGGUUUAUACAGUGAGAAGAUAUAAUUCUUAUUACACAGCUGCAAAUCUACAGAAUAAACACAAUAAAUCAUUCAAUAAUAAAUAGUAAUAAAUCAUUCUGACUGUGCUGGGGCCACGUGUUCAUAAUCUCUCCCAUAUAAUAGCAUGACAAAUCUGCAGAUAUAAAAAUAAAUAACACUAUGUGGGGUAAUAUUGCAUAUAGAGCCGUUAAGAAUUAUUUCUAUUGCAUUUAUUGAGAAGAAGUGGAUAGAAGGCACGCACAACUGCCCAAUUAUGGGUACUCCUCUAAGGCCUGAUAUUAUUUUUAAACCUUUGCCCCUCUAAUUUAAGACUAUGUCCUCUUGUUGUGGUAGUUUUUCUUCUUUUAAAUAUAAUCUCCUCCUUUACCGUGUUGAUUCCCUUUUUGUAUUUAAAUGUUUCUAUCAUAUCCCCCUGUCUCGUCUUUCCUCCAAGCUAUACAUGUUAAGAUCCUUUAACCUUUCCUGGUAAGUUUUAUCCUGCAAUCCAUGAACCAGUUUAGUAGCCCUUCUCUGAACUCUCUCUAAGGUAUCAAUAUCCUUCUGAAGAUACGGUCUCCAGUACUGUGUACAAUACUCCAAGUGAGGUCUCACCAGUGUUCUGUACAAUGGCAUGAGCACUUCCCUCUUUCUACUGCUAAUACCUCUCCCUAUACAACCAAGCAUUCUGCUAGCAUUUCCUGCUGCUCUAUUACAUUGUCUGCCUAUAUCGCUGCCUAUAUCGCUGUUAGUCUCUACUGCUCCCACAGGAAGGCUAUUCCAGGUACCUACUAUUUUUUAUAUAUUACUGUAAGAAGAUACUUCCAAGAAACUACUGCCCUAUCAAGUGUAAUUGCCUCCCCUUACCCCUAAUCUAGAAUUAUCCUACGUCAGCAAUCUAAUAAGGUUCUAGAUUCUAUUUACAUCAGACCCAGGUCCAGACUGGAAGCAUCAAGGUCGGCCCUGAGAGAGCAGCUAGGCGUGAGGCCCACCCCAUUAUAAUUGCUUGUGUAAGGUUUCUUAAAUCCCUUGCCUGUUUGGUUGACAGAGAGUCUCUGUCUGUCUUGGGUCUACACCCUUUGCAUACAUAGCCCCCUCUCAAUCCGCAGACUGUACUGCAGGUGCCUUUUUUAAUUAACCCUAAUUAUACCAUGCUGUUUAACAUUCUCUACUUCCUCGAACAGAGAAAAGGAGACUGGGACAUGUUACUGAGCAACAGAGUUAGAAAUGAAACCUGUUUUACAAUCUUUUAAUGACCUGUGACAAUACGUGUAAAUCUAGGUAAUCAGGUGUUGGCUAGUUCACUGACAACAUUAAGCUGGCAGGGAAUUAUGGGAAUUGUAGUCCAACAGUAGCUGACAUUGCAAUGCCCUACCAUAUAAUCUUAAGGGGUAUGCUGAAAAUGGGAGAUAGAAAGUCUGCAUGGAAGCUCUGUGUUCUAAUAUGGAACGCUGUCACACGUAUACAGUACAUAAAGACAUGUUUACUCAUGAGAAUGUUGCGUCUAGUUCCCUAUGGGACAUUAUGGAUGUUGCUGCAGCUUUGAUACAUUUUGUUUGUUAACUACAGACUCUAAGGAAAACCAUACAAUAUUUUUUGUAAAGUUUGGUAUCCAUUGUAGCGGAGUAGUAGUAUUAUCCACGGUAUCUCCGCUGGUAGACAGAGUGAAGCAGGUAAAGAGUAGUCAAAAUGCAGGUAGCGUAGUUACAAUCCCUUUCUCCCAAGAACUAGACAACACAUAGCUUGGAGGUCAGCUGAGAGCUUUAAUGAAACAAUCCUCAAUUUAUGUGAUUUUACUUCACAUGGUUUCCAGCAAGGGUUUUAAUCAUGUGGACUGUUUGGGAAACUGACCAUUCAAGGUUGUUUCCCAGCAGCCCCUGCGGUACAGGCACCAAGAUGACAUCAGCAAGUACAUAUAAUUACAUUACCAGAGGUUACAGAAAUAUUCAAGUUUUUACAUUAAAAUCUAUAAGUCUCCCAAUUUCCCACUGAUUUGGGUGAAUGACCUAUUAACCGAAUGCAGGGAUCGGCAGGUACAAUAUACCGAAGUACCGUUCUGAUCCCUGCAGAAAUAACCGAACGCCACUCGUAAUACACAUUUGCACGAACUGGGGUUUAGAAGAGAAAACUCACGAAUACCUUUAUUUCCCCGCAAGAGCGAGUCUCCCGAACGCUAUGGAAGUCCAGCGAACGGCGGCCACACACAAAACAUUAACGGAUGGAUACAAUGUUUCAGUUUUACUAACGAGCAGCACACGACCUUCUGGGGUGGUCUCCCAUUCCACUGUUUGUGUUAGCGGCAUUCGUGCGCUGUAACACACGAAUGCAUAGGAACAUUAGGUGAAAUCUUUACCUACAGAUAACUUUAACAUGGGGUAAAGUUUCUCACGGAUAGAGACACAAUGGAAGCAACAAUCAGGCAUAUAUAUAUAAAAAUCUGUAAGUGGCUAGGUUUGCCACAUCCAUACUUGAUGCACCUAGACACCAAAAACUCAACAACCUUUAAAUAUACCUCCCGGUACAUUCUAUGUCAAACUAAAAUGUAUGUCUAUGUUUCUGCAACAUAUUGAUCAUUACUAUAUCCUUGGCUAUCUCACCUGUAUUUGCCAGGAACUCUAACACCCCAGGGGAUUAUGAGAGAUCUCAACGUAUUCAAAUAGUUUUCAUAUUUAGAGGUUUUCUGUACUUUGUUCUAUUGUUUAAUAUGUAACUAUGUAACACAGUUAUUUGGUGUACAGAUUGCUUUGUAGACAAACUUAAAAAUAUAUGAAGGGCGGAGCCUAACUGGCUUCCUGAGAAGAUGCACAAUUGCUGAGCUCCUGCAGCCAAAACUGAGAAAUCGCCCAAAACUCGUUGUUAAAGGCUCGCACCUACACGAGCUUGCAAUACCUGAGCUCAGAGUGCCUCACUGAAUCUCUGGAUACUUCCCGAUUGAGAAUCGGUGCACAGCAACCCGAGAUGUUUAACCGCGGUCUGCAGGCACUGGAUCUGGGGAGAGACGGACACUUUCCCUGUCCUCUGGCUGGCGGCCCGGAAGACACGACACUCCCCUCCCACCCCCCGGACCGGUGGGGAUUAUCCCGGUCCAACCAUGGGAGAAAGCCCGGCCAUACUGUGAGCAGCCGACCAGAUCACGCGGACAACCUGCAACAACUGGGCAAACUACAAUGGUGGACGCCACGUGGAUAACAAGCCACGGCACAGAGGAGCCUGAUAUCUUGAAGCGGCUAGAGCGCACUGUGGCGAAACCGACCUCGCCACUGGGCAUUGGAGAAGACUAAAUGCCAGCCUCCUGCCAUGUGACUAUGGCCCCUGGGAUGUAUUGCCCUUUAAAGACAUGAUUUGGGCAUAAUGGAUUUGUAUUCUGCUGCUGCUGGCCCUUUAAGAACCAUCUGGGGACAUACUGUGGAGAUACUGGGUGGCCACCAUUUCCUGUAUCAGAGGCACAUGGUGAGAACAAUGGAAGAAGCACAUGGUAAGAACAAUGGAUGGCGGCCAUUUUAACUCACAGACACUGUUUGGACUUUUCACGGUGCCAUCUCGCCGUUAUUUGGUGCACAGAGACAUCGUGCAGUGGUUUUGGACUAUACAACAGGGGGCACAUUAUACAGUAAUUGUUUUUCAUUUAGCCUGCAUAUGUUCUGUGGAAUCUGCAUUAAACUAUAUCUUCCAAAGUACUGAACGGAUCUGGGUGAAUUUUGGAUAUGUGGUUCACCCAGAUCCCCUGGUUCCAUUUUUUUUUAUGGGGUUAUUGCAUGUUUUGGGGUCCUUGUGAUGUGUUUUAUGAUACUGUAUUUCUCUGCCUGUGAUAAUUAGAUUAACCGUUGUGUUCAGUAAUCAUAUCACAGGCAGAGGGGAGGAUUUUGUGUGGGAGUGUCUGUGUGUAUAUUGAUUGGUUGUUCUGUAAAACCCUGUGGGCAGUACUAAGUUUGUGGAUUGGGAAUAAAAGAGGCUGUAUGUGCCAGUACAGUCAGUUCUGCUUGACCCUCAAAACGAAGUGUCGUUACUGGGGGAAUCUGCUACAAGGGAUUGCUAUGCUAGUCAUACCCCCUUGCUAUAUCACUACUAAGCUCUUGUAAGAGCUUGUUCCUGUCUUGCUCUCUGGAGGAGUCUACAGUGGUUAUGGUGUCUGCUGCAGUGCUUGGAGCCCUCAGGAAGCACUAGGAGCAUCCUUCCACGAAGGUACCCAGUCGGGGUGCCAGGUGAUCCGUUACACGCACCUUUGCAGCCUUUUGGGUAAAACUAGCUGACAAACUGGAACAGGUACAGCCCUGCUAGCCAAAAGUUACCUUGCCCGACAUACCAUCACCCAGCACCCACCAUCGACAAGCUACCCCCAAGCGGAAGAGUGUUGGAAAAUGGCGCCGGAGACGACGACACCUCCAGCCUGCUCGCAACCCUGCUCGCACUCACAGAGCAAGGGAUGAGAACCUUUCUGAGAGACUGCCGCGACAUCGAUGGGGAUACAACAGAAGGCACAACACCAAGAAGGCAAGCAACAGAAGGCACAAUACCAAGGCGGCAAGCAACAUAGAUGCGGGACACUGUACACCCACAGGCAGGCAUCGGGUAAAGUGUCUAAACUGUACAAACUCUAUGGCCACCCACUAUAACUACAGAUUAUGGCAUAAACUCACACAAAAACGAACGCUAUCCUGUUGCUCAUUCCUCUUUUAUUUCUUCCUGUGUAAUACAUCUGUAGUCUCAUUAGGGUAUGUGAGCACAUCUCUCAAAUGACAACCAAAGUACCCACAAUUGCACACUACCUAUCUCGUAGUACUACUAAUACUGCUUAACAUGCUUAAAAAUACAGCCUUACCGGAGGGGGCGUGGCCAACCGCCGAGCAACCUGGCUGCUUAGGAAAUUGCUCCGGCACCCGGGCUCUCUCAAUCCGCUACCAUCCGCUGUCAGAACGCGGGGAAACCCCUCAAAACUUACCAUGUCGCAGCCCAAGGGGAUGAAGAACAACCAGAAGGCUGAAAAACUUAGCUUUUUCAACCAAAAAUCGGCGGCAGUCUCUGAAACUGAUCGGAGCAUAAUCCAAGAUGGCGCCGACGAGAUACCGGCGGGAAACAUUCAGCAGGCUAACUCCCAUCAAGGAGAGCAAGAAAACCUGACUAGAGCACACCUAGAGGAUGCAUUAAACAACAUGGCAGAAAAACUAGUGAAAACAUGGCAAUCCUCAAUAGAACUACUUCGCAAAGAAGUUCAAGACAUCGGGACCAGAACAGCGCACGUGGAACAUAAACUCAGUGAGUUUGCCACAGCACACAACGAGGUGGCAGACCACGUGGCGGCCUUGGAACACAAAGUGGUAGCCAUGGAGGCACGCAUGGCGGACGCAGAAGACCGGUCACGGAGGAACAACCUGCGGCUGCGGGGAGUUCCAGAGACUGUCCUCCCUUGUGACCUGCAAACCUAUGUACGAGGCCUCCUUAGGGCGUACGCCCCCGACAUACCCGUGGACAUGCUCCUGGUGGAUAGAGUACACAGGGUCCCCAAACCCAGGAACCUACCGGACAACGUGCCCAGGGACAUCCUCCUCAGGGCACACUACUUCCACAUAAAGGAAGCCGUGCUGCGCGCUAGCAGGAACAGAGCGGACCCACCAGAAGAAUUUGCAAAAAUCAAAAUCCUGGCAGAUCUCUCUGCAGCAACUUUGAAACGCAGAAAAGAAUUCCAUGCAAUCACCGACGAAUUGCGACAAGCUGGGAUCAGAUAUCGCUGGGGAUACCCCACCAAACUACUGGUCACAAAGAAUGGAGGACUGACAAUUAUUCAAACUCCCGAAGACGGAGUGAAACAAAUGCGCGAAUGGGGACUUAUGAAAGACUCCACUCACACGCCAGCAGGCCCAACGGGUCGUCUAACACCAGAAUGGCGACAAAUCCCGAUGAAAUCCAGGCUGCCAUAAGAUCCGACGACACGAAACCCACAUCCGAUACAACCUGGGAGCACGUGAGAUAACUGUACACACCAAAAUCUAGCUUAAAAUAUCAUAUUAUAGCCAAGAUUAAUCGUUUCUGAUUAGCAUGUUGUUGUUACUGUUACUGCAGUGUUUAUAUGUGAAAUGUUAUUCACCUUGUACCAUACAUGAUAUCCUCACCUGCUUAUGAUACAGGCAAGCUUACAAUCCUCAAGAAACAAAGGCAUAGCCUCAACUAAGGCGAAGCAGGGACCCAUAGUUAAACCAAAAAACAGGGUCUCCACCACCCGAGGUACUGCGCAGCGCCCUGGAUACUUCCUGUGGCGCCUUUAAAGAAGCCCCGCUCCAAGUACUACCAGUACCCCUGAGCGAGCUACCCCAGUUUUAACUACCCACUUACAUACUCAGCUAAAAACGCUACCUUACCCCCCCCUAACGUUCUGACACAUCUGAAAAUGUGACAAUAUGAGAGCCCAUUGGCCACACUACCAGAGACGCAACCCGAGCGUCCAACCCCCAUGGCACUGAGCCUCAGGGCCAGGACCCCAAGUUGGGUCACUCUGUAUAUACUUUCUUUUACGUUAACCCCCAACACCCUCCCUACACUACCCACAAUUCCCAGGCUACAAGUCACCGUUCUAAGACUGCCCAACAGGCAGCACGUUGAUCUAACACUAUCUACCAAGUCGCCCACUGUGGAAAUAACAAGCCCACAAACGAGCUAUCUCUACCAUACAUCUAUAACAUGAGAAUAUAUUCACAUAAUAGUAGGGGAUUGAAUACACCCCACAAAAGACGCAUGGUACUGGAGGAGGCUAGGAAGAAUAAAGCAGAUAUCAUCUGCCUUCAAGAAACACACUUUGUCACCUCCAAGGUGCCAAAAUUUGGUAUAAAGGACUAUCCCCACCAAUACCAUGCCACCCACUCCUCAAAGUCGAAAGGAGUAUCGAUCCUCCUUCAUGCCUCACUAACUGUAGAAAUCUUACGAGUUAAAACAGACAGCCAGGGGAGAUAUGUGAUGCUUCAAUGCCUACUUAAUGGCUCCCCGUACGUUGUAAUUAGCUUCUACAGUCCAAACGUGCAUCAACGUAAUUUUCUGCAUAAGGUAUUAUCUAUGAUCCCAGACCACCAAACGGCUGCUACCAUACUAUGCGGGGACCUGAACCAUCCUUUAGAUCCCAAUAUGGACACCACGCUAAAUCCCACAGCCCCUAGACAGGCAACACUACGACCACAAAGCAAAGCCCUAAAUAAACUGCUGGGGGAAUACGGACUAUACGACUCAUGGAGAAUGUUCCACCCGACCGAAAAAUCUUUCUCAUACUAUUCGGCAGUACAUAAAUCCCACUCGAGAAUAGAUUUCAUUUUUAUUGCAGGCACCCUCUUACCUAAGGUCACUGAUAGCAACAUUGGGGACAUCACCUGGUCGGAUCAUGCCCCGACCAUGGUAGAAAUAUCUGGAGAAUACCAGCACAGGGGGCGACCACCUUGGCGCCUAAACGACUCACUCCUCCACGACCACACCUUCUCUCAAACACUAACGGAUGCCCUGUGUACAUACUUCCAAAUCAAUGACACCCCAGACAUACACCCAACAACGCUAUGGCAAGCCCAUAAGGCGGUAAUACGAGGCUUAUUGAUCAGUCGAGCGUCCUAUGUAAAGAAAAAAGCCCAAGAGGAAUACCUGAAUCUGCUGCGCACCCUAAGAGAUGCUACUGCGGCAAACAUAGUGAACCCUACCCCGCAACAAGCACAGAUAAUCAAAGACACCACAGCACACCUCAACAACAUAGCACUAGCAAAAACUGCAUACAUCCUACACAAACUAAAACAAACUUCAUACUCCCAAGGCAACAGAGCAGGUAAACACCUGGCAACCUUACUGAGACAAAAACAAUCCAACGCCAAAAUACCCUACCUACUUACAAACAAAGAAACUAAAAUCCACAAUCCACAGGACAUUAACGAUACUAUGGCGACAUACUACCACUCACUAUACAACCUCAAGGACGAUCCAGACUUACACCAACCCACCCCCUCAGACAUACAAGACUUCCUCCGGCAAACCACACUACCGGCACUUUCAGCUCAACAAAAAACAACUUUACAAAACCCAGUCACGACACAAGAAAUCCAACACGCCAUCCAAUCUCUCCCUCACGGGAAGUCGCCAGGACCUGACGGCUUGACAAAUUCCUAUUACAAGUCACAGACCGCAUCCCUCGUCCCAUACCUAGAGAGGUCCUUUAACCAUAUUAUCACAACCGACCAGAUGCCCCAGGAAAUGCUCAUGGCGCAUGUGGCCACACUGCCAAAACCAGGCAAACCCCCGACCAAAUGCCAGAACCUAAGGCCAAUAUCUCUCCUCAACACCGACACUAAACUACUAGCCAAAAUAUUCUCGAAUCGUCUAGCAAACAUCAUACCGACCAUAAUACAUAAAGAUCAGGUAGGCUUUGUCAGUGGUAGACAGGGGGCAGAUGGAACCAGGAAGGUUUUGGACUUGCUAGGGGGGGGGUGCGGAGGGGGGGCCCAAUGUGUACUCCUGUCGCUUGAUGCAGAAAAAGCCUUCGAUAGGCUGCACUGGCCCUUCCUCCGCGCGGUCCUCAACAAAUAUGGCUUUCCUGAUAACUUCCUAAAACUGGUAGAGGCACUAUAUUCCAAACCGACUGCGAAAGUCACGAACGGAGGCUUCAUCUCCAAACAAUUCAACAUAACCAAUGGAACGUGGCAGGGAUGCCCGCUCUCUCCUCUAUUAUACAUUCUAUCCCUGGAACCGCUCACACAGCUCAUCAGGGACAACCCGAACAUACAUGGUAUCACUAAACAAGGCAAGGAGUACAAACUUACACUAUUUGCGGAUGACGUGCUACUAACGUUGGAGCAACCACAUAUUUCCCUGCCAAACUUUCAUUCUGUCCUAUCCCAAUACAGCAAAUGUUCACACUAUAAGUUAAAUGUGACCAAAACCCAAGCAAUGGGCAUAAAUAUUCCCACUGACACAUUAGAGAGCCUACGCAACUCCUUUCACUAUGACUGGAGAACUGACUAUCUAAAAUUCCUAGGAAUUAACAUCACACAGAAGCCAGCCCUAUUAUAUAAAACAAACUACCAAAAAACACUGUCCGAUAUAAAAACAGUGCUAACAGGAUGGAAAGGUAAAUACAUCUCGUGGUCAGGCAGAAUAGCUGCGAUCAAAAUGAUUGUUUUACCGAAACUACAAUAUUUAUUCAGAACACUGCCAAUAAAACUACCCCCCCAUUUCCUUCGGGAAGCACAACAAAUACUAAUGGAAUUUAUAUGGGACAAGCACAAACCACGGGUAGCAAAAAGCACACUAUACCUGCCACGGGAGAAAGGGGGGAUGGGCGUACCCAAUCUAGAUAGCUACCAUCGUGCAGCCAUACUGAGUCCACUCUUAGCAGCAUGCCACAGAACUCACCCAACUCCAUGGGAAGAGAUAGAGACAUACCAUGCAAACAACACCCCCCUAACAAUAUUGGCAUGGCUCCCAAAAACCCACAGACCAUCGACGAGCGUGAUGCUCCCAGUCACGGCACUAACACUGCACAUUUGGGACACACACUGCCGUAAAAUGGGCUGGACAGGGAAAACAUCACAAGCCAUGCCCCUAAAAACAUUACAAUACAUAAUCCCCAAUUUCAACCACGCAUUGUGGCAUGAAUACGGCAUCACGCACCUAUAUCACCUCAUACAAGGUCAGGAACUUAGAAGUUUCAAGGAUAUACAAGACUCCUACCACCUCAACGCACAGGUUUCCUUUUCCUAUUUACAAAUAAAAUCCUGGUUCCACAAGCAAACUGUAAAUGGGUCUGGAAAUGUACAGGAACCACAGCUGACGGCGGUAGAAAAAAUAUGCCUACGCCUCUCGCCCCCCAAAAAACUAAUCUCUGAAAUCUAUCAAUCAAUGCACGCACACACUGGCCAUACCAAAUUUUCUUUCACAACUGCAUGGGAGAAAGAAUUCAAAUAUAACCUAACUCCACAGCAGUGGAAAGACAUCUUAAAGGCGCACAACUCCCUCUCUAAAUGUGCUUCACAUAUGGAGCUCUCUCGCAAAAUCCUAUACCGGUGGUAUUUAGUGCCCACUCGCAUUAAAGCGGCGCACCUCCAAGCAUCUGAUGUAUGCUGGAGAUGCCAGCAGCAUAAAGGCACGAUGCUCCAUAUCUGGUGGACCUGUCCCAUCCUAACCCCAUUCUGGGACGAAACAUACCUCCUCCAACUAUUCCCAAAAAGGAUGGGGUGGAAGCAAAAAUACUUAAUAUAUCAACUACUCAUGGCAGCCCUCACUGUAAUUAGCAGGCACUGGAAAUCACCCCUACCAAUGCCAACCACCGAACUCACACAAUUAUUAGACACCACAAGGCUAUAUGAAAUAGCGGCCAGGCAAACCUCCCGCACAAAGAAGGUCUGGCAAGAGGCAUGGGAGGAAUGGCAGCAAUAUAUGGAGCGCAACAAUCUCCUCCACCCCCUUCCCCCACCCCAAAAAUGAAUGGGAAGGAAGAAGGCUAGGACGUGUAUCUGCUAACCGACAGCUGUGUUCCUAAUGAGUGCACCAAGGCACAAGAAUGUACAAACAUGUAAAAAUACGUUACUUAAAAAGGUCAAUGUUAGUCACCUCAGGCCUGGGAGUGACACCUACUUCCCCGUUACCCCCCCCCCCUGUUACUUCUAUAACUGUUUUCAUCCUCUCCCAGUGGCACCCUAGAUAGGGAAUAUCCGAAUCACCAAUGCCAUAUCUAGAGGAAACAUGACUAAAUUGUUGAACUAUGUAAACUAAUGUAACAUGUCUCUCGAAAUGGAAAAUGUGAACCCAAUCUGUAUAUGGCAGAACAUACAAGCAUUACUGACAACGAGGCACCACUGGUGUGCCCACACCAAAGUACAAAGAUAUGAAUGUAUACCACUGUCCUCUAACUAUUGUCCUUUUCCCCUACCCCUUUUUCUUUCUGUACCCCCCCCCAAAAAAAGAUCAAUAAAAAUUGUCAAAGUUAAAAAUAAAAAAAUACAGCCUUACCAACAUAUAUGCUCCACCUAUGCCUAUUAUGCUCUAGCUAAUAUAUUAACGUACUGGCAGAACGCAUGGAGACCUAUGGCCUGGAACUUAAUCCCGUGUAACUUCAACGUGUUACAUAGAGUGCUAAUCAUUAUUUUAUGCAGAUCACGUCUAUUACCUCUCUUCUUUGUGAAACGUUAAAUGCUAAAAAUUGUCCAAACGUGUUAUAACAGCUUGUCUAUCUUUAUAUUUUAAAAAUUGUGCUGAGACCAAACUGUCAUACAAAUGUACAACCGUGUCAAAACUUUGCUUGCAUAUUAUGUCAUGGCAGUGUAAGAUGCAUUGUUAUUACUUGCACAACGAAAAAAAAUAAAUUAAAAAAAAAUAUAUAUAUAUAAAUAUACAACAAAAAAAGUUUCACUUAUUUGUGCAUCCCUUAUAAAAUUAUUUGAGAAAUUAAAUUCUUUAGACGGUAUACAAUGCGCUUUAUAUUGUAAUAUUUUACACAGGGUCUGAAAAGUUCGUAUUACAGCAAUUAUUGUCACAUACAGUAGGUGUGUCAACCGUAUAUAAUGCUCAUAUCUCAAAAUCAUAUAUUUCUCAAAUAUAGGUAUUUAAAACUGCUAUAGCAAGCUUUAUCACUGUUCAGAAUGCUAAUGUAAGCUUGACAAAGACCGUUCAGGUCAAGACGUUGUGAGUGGCGGUGGGUUCAAUAAAUUUGCCUUUUUUUUUGUAUCCUGGAGUGCCUGGACCUUUUUCCAAUUUUGCCUCAUCAAGUAUUUGGUUCUUGGUACUGGGGCCGGCCUGGCUGCACCCAGAUACAUAUUAUGUGGGGUUUGAGUGCAUUUCCACACCCUUGUUUUUUGGUCAAUGUAAUGCUAACAGUCAUAUGGUAGAGUCCAUAAAUAAUUAUCUAAACCAGAAUCAAAUAGUAGCUUCACAAUAUCCCACAGAAGGAAUAAUAUCAAUAAUGAGUCCAGAGGUAAAACCUUCUUGGUAACAGUCUCUGUAACAUCACUGGUGUAAAUAAAAGUUGCAAAUUAAAGUUCACUGUGCUCUAAACAGUGGCACUAAAAUGAAUACAGUUCACAACAAAGUAUUGAGAUAAAAGUGAAUCGAUAGGGGAACAAUGUCCCCAGCUAGACCAGAUACUCAGUAUCCUACCCGGGUUAAUGAGAUGUGGGGUGGGAAAACUGUUAAUAGUUUAAUUGAUGAGCCUUCUUGAAGAAGUUUUCAGUAAUUUAAUUUAUUUUUUUAAAGCUAUCGGACAUUCUUGUGUAUUAACGAGGACAGUCAGAUAGGAUCAGUGUUGUGAAAAGAUUUGUAAGUAAGGACCAGAAUUUGAUAUUAAGCCCUAGAUCUUAUGGGAAAGCAAUUUAAAGACCGAUAGAAAGGGGAAGGUGUGGGAGGUGCGAGAAGAUAAGAAGAUGAGACCGUCUGCAGCAUCCAUUAUUAACUGUUGUGGGGCAAGCUGGAAAUGCAUUAGACCAAUUAGAUGUGGCUUGAAGUAGUCAUGGUGGGAGAGGAUUGCAGCUUCUACAAGCACCUGAGUUGCAUUCAGUGUUCAGUGGGGUCAGACGCAAACUGUGUUAUUUAGAUGAAAGAAGCAGGAGAUUGGGGAUUGGAUGUGAGCAGUGACGGAGAGGUUGGAAUCAGAAACAAUGCCAAGGCAGCGAGUCAGUGAGGUAGUGUUGAUGGUAGUACUAUCGACUUGGAGGGAGAUAGACACAGGAGUAGUACUGCUCAAAGGAGGAAAUACGAGAAGUUCUGUUUUGGAGAGAAUGAGUUUAAAAAAGUGAGCAGUCAUCUAGUUGGAGACACAAUUCGAGAGACGUGGAAAAAAUAGGAUAGGACACACACAUGAAAAUGGAAACCAAAGAAACCAUUUAUUUUACUCCCAUUGGCAUUAUAAGUUGAGGACAGUAUAAAUUGAGAACAAAAGAACCCCUGAAUUUUUAAGAUCGAAAAACGUAAAAAUAUACUUUACUCCCUCUACAAGGGUUAGGUUUAAAAAGGAUUAAGAUCUCACAGGACCCUCGUCAAGUCACUUGUUUGGGACCCCCUUCAUAUUCAGCCCUCAUCUAAACCUUGGGCGCUAUGGUUAAUCCUGCUCUGGUUAAUACGCUGUUAUGUUACAAUAUCGUUUAACAAGCCUAAUGGUAUCCCAUCUUUUAUUGGUCUUUAUUUUUUUUCUUUUAUUUGCAAGGUUUCGUUUUCUCCUUCAAUAUCGACACACGGAGGCCACAAGUUUUCCGUGGACCAGAGGCAGCGCAGUUUGGGUACAAGGUUUUACAACAUGAAGCUAAUGGACAAAAAUGGUAAGUGGCAGUGUCUCCAAAACCCAGGGGUUUUCUUCAUGUUCCAUCCAUGGAUGUUUCAUCUUAAAAAUGGGCACUGAUGCCAAGUUCCAUUUUAUGUUUAAUUAAAGAUUUAUUAAGACCUACUUAUCCCAGGAUAGUGUCUUCUUUUGCCAGACUUUACCCAUAUUUUGUUACAGUUAACUUGCCUCUCUGAUUGUAGACUCUGGACUCUGUUUAUACUCUCUUCUUGAUAGCUUAGAUGACAUCUUCCUACCCAAAGUACUGUUCUGUUUAUUCAUACCUUGACCUAUUGACCACAUUCUUGCUUCCACCCGAACAAGUCCUAAUUAACUCAGUGACAUUUUACCACAUUUGCUCAGUGAGGUUUAAGUUUGCGUGGGAUAGGUGUAAGGCUAUCCUAGACUUAAGAUAAGGCCAGGGACUAAUGAAAAUAUUUAGAAAAUUGGGCAGACUAGAUGGGUCAAACGGUUCUUAUCUGCCGUCACAUUCUAUGUUUCUAAGAUUCCAUACUGGAACUUUGACAAUGGUUCUGCAUAAUAAACUUGGUCGCUUACAGCAAAGUCUUCAAACCUUGUGUUUUUCAUGUCAAAUCAUGUUCUGUUAACCUUGACUUUGUGUAUUUACUCUUUUUCUAAUCCCUCUACUGUCCCAAUAUUUUAAAUUUAUUCUGCUGUAGAUGCAUGACAUAAACCAGCGAAUGUUUUGGUCUGAAACUAGAAUCAUUCCAACCCCUGUCUAAUAAUGUGUGAUCUGUCUAAUAACUCCCAUAUGCCAAAUGCAUCGGACAGAGGUUCCCUGUACAUAGAGAUCAUAUUUUACGUAUAGGAAGUGGGUGUCUCUCUGGGGGUAUAUAGAUGACUGUCCUAAACACGGAAAUGUUGGAAAAAGAGAACUUACUUUACUCCAUCUGGAUUUUAAAUCUGAAUUAAUACACAGUUGAAAGAACGUUGUUUAUGGAAUAGUCAGUCCAGAGACACCUUCGAUCAUCUUGUAAUGGAAUUACCAGACUUGGGUUCCUUUUAAUGAUAUUUACAGGUAUCAGUGAUGGGAACUUGUAACACAUGAAUAAAAAACCUGCAGGAAAAAAUGUUAAUCACGACUUUAAUGGGAAUGUUAACAAACCAAACAUCUGUUUAAGUGACCUACUGGCGCACACAGUCUUUCCUUGCAGUGUACCACGGGUCUGCCCUGCUUAAAAAACUCUUUCCCUCUUUUGCUAUAAUGUGUUUUGUGAUGCAGAUUGUAAGCUCUUCAGAACAGUCAUUUUCACCCAUUCUCCAUGCAGUCACUCAUGGUCAGAUCUGUUGUCUUUCUGCCUAUCUAUCCAUCCAUAGUAAGCCCUGUUAUUGGCAAUCAUUCUACUGUCCAAACUUGCUGAUUAAACAAGUUCAAGUGCAAGCUAACGAUAAAUGUGGUCUUAAAAAGAGGAGAGGUUCUAUAUAACGUUGAAAUCUCUUACCUUCAGCAUUAAUUUGUUUAUUGCAUUAACACUGGAACACUAUAGCUUUAGGAAUACAGAGUAGUAUUCCUCAAACACUAAUGUCCAUCUGCCUAUUAUAGGUCUGUGCCCCCCCCCACAAGGUGAAAAAAAAAGGGUUUAAAAAAACACUUACCUCUUUCCAGUGCCAAUGUCCCGCUGAGCUGGAAUGCUAUCCUCCUCCACCAACAUUAUGCUGAUGGGGGAACCUAAUUCGCAUUCUCAACAAGUGGCACACACAUUACUUUCCCCAUAGGAAAGAAAUGAUUCAAUACUGUCACAUGGGGAUUUUGAAGACGGUGGACAUCCUCCUGCAAAGCGUGAGGGCAUCCAAUGUCGUUUCAUACAGUUAACAUACGUUCGAAUCCAGGAAGUGCCUCUAGUAGCUGUCUGGUAGACAGCCACUAGAGGUCGUCUUAACCUUGCAAAAUAAACAUUGCAGGGUUAAGGGGACAGGGGCAUUGAACCCAGACCACUAUAAUGAGAUGAAGUGGUCUGGGUGCCUAUAGUGUCCCUUUCGUAUUAAAAAUCUGCAAAUUAGCAAGAGGUAAAGCCUCCUUUAAUUUUGCUAAUAUGUCCCCUUUUGCCAUAAAUUUGCCUUUUUCCAUGUUAAAAGAGUUAUAGAUUCCAUUAGUUGCAUUUUUUUCUUUUAUUUACACUUUAAACCAGGACUGGAUACUAUUAAACAUAUGUUUCUCAUGUUUAGAAGAAAAUUGGAUUCCCAGCUAACAGUGUACGUACGUCUCUGAAAAAAUCCCAUCUAGGCAGCAGCCAGAGGAAGGUGGGAGGGAGGAAAUGGUGACCUUUUAUGGAGUCCUCUCUCUUUUCACAGCCUGUUUUGGGGUCACAUUACACAGAGAGUAGUUGGAUCUAUAUCCGGAUGUUUGUCAAACCACUUAAUGACGUCUCAUUCCCUUAAAAUAUCAGCUUCCAGACCAGGUAUUGCAUUGUUGCCAUAUACCGGUUUAAAGAAUGUUAUUCUGCCUAUAUUUGCCAUAUCCAUAAUAUCACAUUAUGAGCGUCAGAAGAGGAUUGGGGCUAAUAUAAUGCCCACCUUGUCCUUAAUUAUAGUUUAUGCCAAUCUUGUUCACCCUGGUUAUUACUCUUGCAUCUUGCCAACCUUUUACUGGAGUUAGUGUAGAUCAAUUUCAACUAAUAUUUUGCAGAAUCUCAUACCCACCAGUAAUGAGGGAUUACUUUUAAUACUAUCACAAUAAUUGGACAAUGUUAUGUUACCUGCACCCUUUAUGAGUCAGUUUCGCUUGCUUCCUUUAAUAAAAUAGGGCAUGCUAAUCAUGCAUAUUUUUACCUGGUUUGGUUCCAGUGCAUCCUUAGACUUCCAAUGUGGGGCAGCGUAUUUUGGAGCAGAUCAGACGAAGCAGGAUAAUGAAGUCGGACUCCCUGGCCUAUAUAUUUUGAGUCUGCCUGACUAGUUCCCGUUCAUGAUUCCCAAUACCCUUAAAUGCAUUCUUUGACCUGUUUUGAGCCCUUUGGUAUUGACCCAGCUUGUCGUUUCGAUUAUUAUAAUGUCUGAUAUCCUGACUUUGGCUAAACAUCCUAUUAGUGUAUCUCUGGCGACCAUGAUUUUGGCUGUGUUGUGACACUGUAUUUUCACUCCUUCUGAAGUAUUUUAAUUAAAGGAACACUAUAGGGUCAGGAACACAAACCUGUAUUCCUGACCCUAUAGUGCUAAACUCACCAUUUAGGUGGUUUGCCCCCCCCCUUAAGCCCUGCUAUUUUAGUUUAAAACUCACCUUAUUUCCAGCACUGCGUGGGUCCGCCAGUGCUGGCUCUGUCCCCUUUGUGAAAUAAUCGAAAUGGACAAUUUUUAGCCAAUCCCAUGGGGAAAGUAUUGGAUUGGCUAAAAAUCGACACGGAGGUGGGGCCAAAUGCUGUUUUGGCGAAUCAGGACCUCCUCAUUGAAUCAGUGCAUCUCUAUGAGGAAAUUCAGAGUCUCCAUGCAGAGAGUGGGGACGCUGAACGGCAGGGCUGCCUACUGUGCAGCCCUGAGUCAGGAAGAACCUCCAGUGACCAUCUGAGGAGUGGCUAUUUGGUGGUGUCCCUAGGGGCAAUGUAAAUACUGCCUUUUCUCUGAAAAGGCAGUGUUUACAUGAAAAUACCUGAAGGCAAUGAUUAUACUCACCAGAACAACUACAUUAAGCUAUAGUUGUUCUGGUGACUAUAGGGUCACUUUAAGUCCAGCUAUUCUUUGGAUUCAUAACAUGCCUCUCUCCGUUUUUGUCUCUAGCCCAUUGUCAGGACCUUUCCCUUUCCCUGUGCUACUAUGUUAACUACAACUAAUUCUGACACAAUGUUCUAAAGUAGAAAAGUCACCAUGGGAAUCAAUGGAACAAUCCGCAGAUUCAACAUCUGAAUUUCCAUGGUGUUUCCUCCAUUGUGGCCCAGUUUCCUAAGAAAGGGGCACUCUAAACACCAUAACUAGUAUAGCUUAUCGUAGUGGUUAUGAUGUUUUGAAAUUUUGCGUGCCAUCCAUCUGUCCAACAGCUGUGAGUGGUUUGCCAAAAGUCUUAGCUCCUUCAGAAACCAGAGUACAUCCCCUCUUCAGCUGCACUGAUAAUACAGAAGAUCUACUUCUAUAUCAUUCACUCAAAGCCAUCCAACCUUGGAAUAGAGGUUAUAGCUGCAAGCACUGGGUGUAGAGUGGAUAAUGCAGAAGUGCAUGUUCCACAUUAUCUGAGCAUUUACAGAGAUGCUCAUAUUUGAUAGCCAGGAAGAGCCAAGUCUUUUGACAAACCACAAACAUAGUUUGAUAACAAAUGGAAGGGUGGCAUCCAAAGACUGUAGCCAAUACAGCGAGCUACAGUUGUUAUGGUGCUUAGAGUGUUCAUUGAAUAUCAUGUAGUAAAUCACCCCUGCUUUGUCUUUAACAAAGUUAAAGUUUCCCAUUUUUGGGAACUAUAUCCCAAACCGUCUACUGUUGCUGCUUUCUACGUUCUUACAGAACAUGCAAAUGAUCAACUUGAAAUGUAACCGGGUUUUUAAAAUAUAGUUUUUAUUUUCUUGACUUAACUAAAAAUUUCCUUAAACGCGAUACAAGCAUUCUAGAUUUCAAAUGUAAUUGAACACCCAAUGCGUUUUACACUCUUGCAGCGCUUAUUGAAAAAUACAUUUUGUGUGUACAGGUAUCUCACAUUACAAAGUAAAAAAUUACUUACUAUUGGAUGAAUAUCGAGGGACUGGUAUUCCACAAACUAGUGCUCUAAGAGUGUGAAAUGCGUCAGGUUAUUCAAUGGUAUUUGUAGGCUUUUAAGUUUGUGCCACUUCUUUUAUCACUAAAUGUUUUUAAAGAAGUAAAAAUAAAAUUAAAAUAAGCAAUCUUAUUUUAGUUUGUUGAUUAUCAAGCUACGUUUACUCUGAACGUGUGAACAUAUCCCACCCCUAUAGCGUUAGCCCUUUUUUGGCGCGCAAUGUUGCACGUUUUCAUGGUGAACGAUUGUUGCGUCAUUCCUGUGACACGUAGAACAACAGGAUCACAAUUAAUAGCAUCACUUGCCUAAUUUUCUCCUCAUUCUAAAUAUAUAACACCUGCUAAAACCACGCUUCAUUGAGCAGAUGUUACUAGACUCCCCAGAGUCACAUAUUCUGAACUCCUGUUUUAUUCAAUUUUUGCUACGUUUGUGACCUUUGCCCUGGAUCUGUUUCAUUGUUAAUAAACAUUUGCUGCCAGCCCUGACCUCUUGCGAUCCUGACCAUAAAGUUGUCUGCUUCCUGUCUGUACUGCAUUAUUACAUGCACCUACACAGUUAUACUAAAUAACUAAAUUAACUUCUGGGUUCCACAUUUCUUCUUUGCUCUCAUAAGCUUGUAGCAUAAUACCCAGAAACACUUGAGGCUGAAAUUGCUGCCAAAGGUGCGCCAACUAGGUACUGAGUUAAGGGUCUGAAUACUUAAGUCAGUGUGAUAUAUUUUAGUUUUUUUUUUUCUGUCUAAUUAAUUUGCAAAGUUAAAAAAAAAAAUCCAUUGUUUGCUUUGCAUUCUGAUGCAUUGAUGUGAACAAAUGUUUUUAAAAUGUUUUAAAGAACUAUAGAAUAAGAAUGCAACAAAAAAAUUAUGUUAAUUAAAAUGGUGGGAAUAUUUUCUGAAUUCACGGUAUGUUUCGAUUACUUUUGAUCUUUUUGGUGCAGGUUGCUGGUGGGCGCCCCAUGGGACGGCUCUGAUGAUAAUCGACAGGGCGACGUUUACAAAUGCUCAAUGGAAGCUCAGAAUAAUUCCUCGUGUACAAAAGUCAAUCUUGGUAUGUUCCAGGUGGCUUUGUUUGUGAAUGAUAUUACGGUAAAUUGGGCUGAAUUUAAAAUAUUGUUGUAUAUUUUUAGAUAGAAUAAAGGGUUUCUAUUAUUCCACAACUUACACCAGUCACAAAAGACAGUCACUAAUACAGGGGUUUCCAAUGUUGGUCCUCCAGCAGUUGCAAAAUAUUUCCCAUAAUUCUUGCCUGACUGGCAUUGGCUCAGUUCCACAUACAUUUUAUUUUAUUUACAGUUAAAUCGCCUUCCACUUGUGAAGAACAUAGAAUUUUUUUAAGAGGCCUCAAGCCUUCCUGAUUGGCUGCUUGUAUUUUAGUCUUACAAAUUUGUUACUUUUUUUUUUUUUAAACUCUUGUAAGGAUCGAAAGGCACUUGGAAGGUUUGGUGUUUGUCAGGGUAAGAUCCAGGAAAGAAACAUGUUGUCUGUCUGUGUUGAAAGUUUAGCCAGAUUUUAAGAGGAUUUUUUAAUACUUGUCAUCAUAUUUUAAUCUCAAGUAUUUUAGAAAGAGGUAAACAGUAGUCAUGAGUAUUCGGGAAGGGAAAUAUAUCCAACCACAACUUUACUGAAGAAGUAGAUGAAUCGUGGAAUGGUAUUCCAGCCGAGGUGGUAAAUGCUUAUACUGAUAUGGGAAUUGAUUUGUCACGGGUUUACAGCAGAUAGUAGACUGUCGUGGGGUUAAAGGGUACACAGGCCUGUGUUUUAUUUAGUACAUUGCCUCUUAUUGUCUUUCCUCUCGCCCCCGCAUGUGCUGUUUUUGGAUCCCUGCUUUAAGGGGAACUUGCUCUUAGGAAUGUCUCCAAGCAAAUCAAAAACAUGCAUUUCGGCAUGUCGCUGACACCGGACACACAAGGUGGAUUUGUGGUAAGUGUUUUUGCUGCCAGUCAGCUAUGAAUAGAAUUCUCUGCCAUGUUAUAAUACGGGCAGCCGAGAAAGGCAUAAUUGUGCUAACUGGCUUAGCUUCAUAGGAGUUGCAGUGUAAGGCCAGCGGUUGACUGGUUCCAUCUGGCUGCGUUAGAGGUUAACAGCAGGGUUCUGCGUGGCAGGGGGAUGGGGGCAUUUUUGUGGUAUGCUGAGUGUGUGCUGAGCUCUGCUAGGAAUCGGAGCCAAUAUAAGCAUCUCGUGACCUUAUGUACUCUGGCCAAUACAGGUACAACAUCCUGUGUUGUUCUUUAAAGCAGGAGGAACUGAGUCACACGUUUCUGUGUUUACUUGUACACAACCAGAAUAAGUGGCUUUGUAAUAGUGAUAUUUCAGAGCAUAAUAUCUGUCUACUGUCCCGAGUGAUGAUUUUGGGCCUCUGUAUUUCCAUCUGUAGUUGGUACUCUGAUCUGAUGUCCUGUUUCUGGACACGCUAUUGGCAAAUAUGCAUGGAGUGCAUGUUUAAGUUAUUCAUAUGAUAUAUGACAAAUUAGGUAUAAAAGGGUCUAUGGUUUAUGCAAUAAAUCAAGUAAUUGGGUCAUUCUACGGAAGCUGGAAAUGAAAGAAUGGUUUGUCACAAUAAUAUCGCAUAGACUGGAAAUUAAACGAUAAUGGAUUUAAUUUUAAUUGAGGUGUAAAACUAGCUCCGGUUUUAUAAGUAAUAAAUACACAGAGAUUUCUAGAUAUGCCAUGAAAUCUAAGGCAAUUUUUAAACUAUCAAUUCCAAAAUAAAGAAGUAAAUAUAUGGAAUCUUUUUUGCGUGGUGCAACAUUAAAAUAAAAAUUCCUGAGGCGGGUCCUGACUGCCAGAUCAAACGCAUAUUUGUAUCACUCCUCCAAGCUUUUGCUUAUUAGAAUAUUAACCAGCGAUCGUCUACUAUAAUUCCACCUUCAGGUUUGGGAUCCAAGCUAUUGCACAAAUGUUGGUGCCAUCCUGUUUGUUAUGCUAGCAGUGAUGGGCCCAUGUUACAGGGAUUAUACCUCCUGGCAUUUGAGGUCUAUUCUGGCGACCGAGUGAAGUUCGAAUAAGUGGCCCUGUUCCCUCACCUUUGGACUGGUGGGGGUUAUUGCCGUCUACACGGCAGGCUAUCUGCUUUUGGGAGCACCUGAGGCUUCCCUGGAGCAAAGGAAAUGACCAGAAAUACAGCCCUCAGCUGGCAACGGUAUUGCAAGUAGACAUGUGCAUUAGUUUUCAGACGAAUACGAUUUAGUCCGAAAUUUCAGACUUUUUCGUAUUUGUUUACUAAAACGUAAACGAAAGUCCUACAUACGAAAAACAAACGAAACGAAAGGGCAAAUUCCAAAUGCAUUACCUUUGCAUUUCAGUUCGUUUAGUUUAUUUUACCGGCGCGCAGCUUCCUCCUUGUAAUGUGUGAAAAUAGAAGCGGCAGGGAGCAGUGCUCCCCGCCACUUCCUAACUCCCACCAUGUCCCGCCGUCAUUCUAUGAGAGUAAAUGUGAAGAAAUCCCAAAGUUAUUUCAUUUAUUGUACUUUUUUCCAUUCGGUAGCUGUAACUUCCGAACACUGACCAUCCCCCUUGCUCAUUAACUUCAAAGAGAACAGUCGAUUAAGUGCUCUCCCUGUGUGACUGCCGUUCGUAUAGUCAAACGCCACGUGUCCGAGAAAACAGCGGCCAUCUUGUUCGUACGAAAGGAGGCAGUGGGACUUGGUCGUCGAGUUUCUGAAACUAAAAUCGGACAUUCGACUUCCCGAACACUGGUCAAACUGCACGAACGCCUGCUUCCUUUUCCCAAACAGCUAGGAGAGUGCUGUUCGGUAGUUUUGUUCCCACAAACCAGGGGAACAAUCGCUACUAUGAGCCAGGGGGAGCAGUCCAUUCAUUUAUUCGUUUUUUUAGACUUGACGAAAUAGACCGGCCACACAGCCUAAACUUAUGGAACUGUUCUGCGCAGGAGCCUCGUGUGCGGCCGGUCAACUAAGACUUCCAUAAAAUUUGAAAACCCCGAAACUGAUCUAGGUGAUUUGGGGAUAUGUUGGUCACCCAGAUCAAGGCUAUCAGAGGAUAUGACAUUUAUGGGGAUGUUAUGUGUUUUAGGGUACCUUUCACGUUUUGGGGAAAUUGUGGGUUUUCUGCCUGCAGAUAAUUAAGUUAUUACUUUACCUGACCCAAUUAUCUCCAGGCAGAGAGGAGAAAAUUAUAUGUUUGUAUUGGGAGUGGCACAGUUUGUCACUGUAUUGUUUUUGGCUGUACGCUUUGUGUCCCUGUCCCCCACAAGGUUCAUCUGGGAGGUUCCCUUGCAUGGGAACGUGCAUAAAAUCCAGUGUGGCACCAUUAAAAUCAUUCCUGUUACACCCUUCAUCUAGUUUCGGCUGAUGUUUGGGUACCUGUCUGCUUUACUGGGUGAAUCUACUUGGGAGGCUGUAAUUUCGUAUGGAGAAUCGUUCACCUCAACACCCGAACUGCGAACUAUAAUUACUCAUGCUCUGACAGUUCGGGAGGAAAUAGAAGAACGGGUAGCUGUUAUACCAGCGUUCGUUACAGUCAUUAUGACACCCAUAUUAGCAUAAGGGAGAUUAAAAUCUCCUGAAUGCGCCUACUUGCUACGCUGCGAGUAUGGGGCAUGUCUACUAAACAGUGAGCAGCCAGUGACUGCUCACUGUUAAAAAAAUAAAUACAUUUUUAAAAAGCGCCCCCCUGGCCCCACCCAUGAGCGGUGGGGACCCUAAUUAAUUAAAGGGGGGACCUAAUGUCCCCAUCCAUUAGCAUCGGGUGGGGACCCUAAUUACAUAAAAAAUGGGGGGAACCUAUUGUGCACCCCAGGCCCCACCCAUGAACGGCAGGUGAGGGCCCUAAGUAACAAAAGGAGGGGACCUAUUGUCUUCCCCCCACCUCCAGCCCCCACCCAUGAGCGGUGGGGGGGGACCCUAAGUAUCAAUAGUGGUGGACCUAUUGUCUCCCCCUGGCCCCCACCCAUGAGCAGCGAGUGGGGACCCUAAUUAAUUAAAGGGGGGACCUAAUGUCCCCCCUGGUUCCCACCCAUGAGCGGCAGGUGGAGACCCUAAUUAAAUAAAAAAUGGGGGGGGACCUAAUGUGUGUCCCCCCAGGUUCCCACCCAUGAGCGGCGGACAGGGACCCUAAUUUUAAUUAACAAGAGGGACCUAAUGCCCCCCCCCCCGGUCCCCACUCAUGAGUGGUGGUUGGGGACCCCCCGGCCCCCACCCAUUAACAAUGAGUGGGGACCUGGGUGGGAAACAACAGGCCCCCCCCACCCGCCGCUUAUGGGUGGGGCCCGUGGGGGGGAGGACAAUAGGCUAAUUAAUUACGGGUGGGGGUGCAGGGGGGACACUAUGCCCCCCCCCUCAUUUUAGCUAUUUGUGGUCCCCACCAUGGGGGAACGGGUGGACCUGUUCCAGAGAAAUAGUGUUGGCUCUAUUCCAAACUCAGGGUUAGUAUGAUGACCUGCUUUGGCCUACACAAAAAGCCUUCCUAGGUGGUGCUGAGAGCUCUUCUCUUACCUAGACUAGGUAUCCGCUGACUGUUCUCUAUUACUGGGAUCUCAGAUUUUUCCAUCAGUCCUCAAAUGAUCUUUAUUAUUUGUUUUUUGUUUUGAUGCUUUCCUGCGUCUCCACAUUUUCUGUUGAAUGUUUUUUGUAUUCGAUGUACAAAUUAUGUUCAACAAGCACGUUUUAUAUCUUUAUCCAAAUCAAAAAACCUUAAAAUAACCUUAUAAAUGCAGUUGUGGUUGCUAUGUUUUUAUACCAAACAGCAACAUUCUAGCAUGUUUAGCUGUUUUUCAUAAGACUGUGUGUGUAUUCUGUGCUCAAACAAGUAAUGCCUUACUAGUCUGCAACUGCACAACAAAAAUUAAAAUUUAUUUAAAAAGUUUUAUUCACUAAAAAAUUAAAUUUGGUGGGGAGGGCCUAAAUGCAAUUUUUAAUUGAGGAACUUUGUUUGAGCUUUGUGAAGAAACUUGAUUAUGAACAAAGUUGUGGCAUAUUGUUUCCCAAAUGUAGGCCACUGCCGUUCUAAUAUAGCUUGUGGGCACGGCAUAUAAGAAUUUUGGAAGAUCUCUCAGCUUGGUUGGAGUAAGCUCUGGAUAAGGCGGUCCUUCCACCUUACUAAAAUGUGCUAGGUUACCUAAAAUGUCAUGUAUCCUCUGAUUUAUCGAGGCCUACAGUCCCAAUGAGUGGCUAGCGUAGGUUAGAUUUUUGGAUGAAGCUAUCAAGCAGACUGCAGUUCCACACACUCAAGCCAACAACUGGCAACAUGCCUCAGUGCUCACACCACCCUGGGCCUCGUCUACUGGUGGAUUCUGCUCAAGAAGAGGGUUCUGCAUUUGACUGGACGAGGCCUCUCCAAUCUCUCACCGUGACCACUCCAUCCCACAUAUUCCAGAAAUUCCAGACACCACUGUACACUCAGCAUGACUGGUCCCAAUAUUGCAGCAACUCACUCUGCCCAGGGAAUUGGUACGGGUUCCACCUUGCAAGAUGGGCAUUACAGAGAAUGAGGAUGGGACCACAUUUGAUGAGCUUGCAGGUGUCUGGGCCUGUGUCCCUCAAGCCUUUGUCAGCAUUGCGGGACUUUGCUAUGCCUCUAGUGGGUGUAGGCUAAUCUUGACCUGGGUACUGGAAGUACCUCCCCAACACAGUGCACGUCUACGCAACGCUACCGCUUGGAUUACUCUUAUACCACCACCUCUUACAGCUAAUGGUCUUCAUCUGCUGUUGGGUGCUUUGUAAAUUUAUAUUUAUCAUCUUUUGAUUAUCAAAAUGCUACAUUGUCUAAAAAUGUGCAGUUGUCACAAUUCUCUAAUCGAGUUAAUGCUUUGUUUAACGUGUGUGUAUUUGUGUAUUACAUGCUGAUGGUUACUCUUUUGCUUUUCUGUGACUUCAAAACCAAAAACAGAUAACAUUUCGAGAAAGGACAAGGAAGCUGAAGUUUUUGUCCAAAAUAUUUGAGCUGGAAAAAAUCUUUAGUUGUUUGUAUAAUUUGGCUGUUUUGCUCUAAUUUGGUGUAAUUCUCUUCUCAGUGUUACACAAUUCCUGAUUUAGUGAAUUAAUCACUACUGAUUCAUGGUAUUCGAUUUGUUUGACUGCACCAAUCUAUCAGCUGGAUGGCAGUCUGUACCCCACUAACACCUCCUUUUUUUUAUAAAUAUAGCCCAUGAAGUCCCACCUAACUUCCUCUUUGCUCCACUACUGUUUUACACACUGCUGCUGAGAAAAUAAUCUCUCUGCCAAAACUCCCUUUACAUCUCUACAGAGAGACUAAAAAUAGAUAUUCUCUCUUCCCACACUAUAUGCAAGUUUUUGCAGAAGUCAUUUAAUUGUUGCAUUUGUACAAACAGGGAGGUUUUUGAGAUGCUCUGACCCAGUCGUCUAGCCAUCACUAUUUGGCACGUGUCAAAGUCACUCAGAUCUUUUUGCUUUCCGAUUUGUCCUCCUUCCAACUCAUUAAAUUCAAGAACUGGGUGUUCAUUUGCUGCCUAAUAUAUCCCCCCAUUGACAGGUGCCACUGUAACGAUAGGAAAUAAAUAUCACCCUUUGACUUGGUUUCUGACUGUAAAAGAUAAAGAAAGUUACAAAAUAGCAAUCUAUUUAUACAAUUACUGUUUUAUCCCUCAUUUAUGUGCUAUGUGUGUAUCCGACGUUUCAAAUAAAUGUUAUGCUUUGUUUAUUUAUUUCGUUAUUGAAAUGAGUUUGAUAGAGGAGGAGUUAUACAGGCGUUUUGUUUUUGUUUUUUUGAGCUUUCCAGAACCAUAGCGCCACUUGGCGUCUCAGAUAUCAGUCCAUCUAAAAAUUCUGCAUAGAUCUUUUAUCUGAUGUAAUUGUCAAUCAUUAGAAUUUCUGUUUUCUCCUGUACAGACCUGUGCCCCUCUCUGGUCCCAGGAAUGUGGGACAUCCAUGUACAGCACCGGAAUUUGCGCCCAAGUUGAUGGGUCUUUCCAGCCGACAGGGACCAUUGCGCCAACAGCACAAAGUGAGUAAUGGAAGAACUUAAAGAAUAACGACUUGUAUUUCCUGUGCAAGGAACUGGGUCUAACGUGUGUCUCUAUUUUUUCAUAGAAUGUUCCACCUACCUUGAUAUUGUAAUCCUUUUGGAUGGGUCCAACAGUAUUUAUCCGUGGUACGAAGUACAGAAUUUCCUCCAUAACAUUCUCAGCAAGUUCUUUAUUGGACCAGACCAGAUCCAGGUCAGUUGUUACAUAGAACAGGCUUCCUGAACACUCACUGAUACUGAAUAACCCAAAAGUGGAAAGUGCCUUAGGAAAAGCAAAUGUGCAUGCAAAUAAAUAAGCUGCAAUCACCUAAAGUGACAAAAAUUAUCCAAAAAACAAAAAAGUGUUGCUCUAUAAAUUAUAAUUAACAUCCAAUGAUCGAAGGAAUUCUGUAAAAAAAAAUAAUAAACACAAGUUAGUGCAGGUUAUCCUUAUUAAAAAUCUGAAAUUAUUAAUAUACACAUAAGUGGGUUGCACUCACAUUUACCAGAGCCCUGGCUCUAGUUGAGAAAGGCUCAGCUUGAAAGGGAAUGACUCCCCCCAACGCCCAGACCAAAAGACCUUUACUUGCAAUAGUGGCAAUCUUUAUAUGUAGUGGCUGCAGGAAUGACAGAACCAGGAAAACCCAGUGGCAUAGUAUAAUAUAAUUUAUAUAAUCAUAAUAAUAAAUUAUAUUAAUAAUAAUAAUAAAGUGGACCUGAUAUCUUAAGCAGAUUUAUGUUAAUCGUUGAAGAAUAAAAAAACUCUGAUAAUCAAUUAUUAUUAUUAACAAUAUUACAGUUACCAUUUAUACAGCACCAACAUUUUCCGCGGUGCUUCACAAUUAUUCCAUGAAAGAUGCUUAACAACAAGUAAUUGACUUACAAAAAUAGUAUUCACAGACAUAAGAGAUGAAGAACUGAUCUGAUAAAUGUAACCGGAAAGUUUUUGUAAGGAUUCCUAUCACUGCACCACCGAGCUGUCAAUUCCCUUAAUAUCCCUCUUUUACUCUUCCUUGGUUGGUUAGCCAAUAUUGACUCCAAAUAUCACCCGCAAUACUGCACAUUCCCACAUGGACUUUUUCAGCCCUGUUGUGGUUUCGGAUACGUAAGCUACAUAACCCAUUUUUGAUUAUCGUUGUUUUAGUUAUAAGAAUCGUAUGAUUAUCUGUUCUGAGUCUCAGACACAGGCUUACGUUACUGAUGUCUAUGUAUCUCUCGUCUUCUGAUAUUGACCGUUUUUGUUCUGCCUCUCGGGGUUCAAUGCCUUUUUACAUUUUAGAUUUUUCUAUUAAAGCUGGGCUGGUAAUAACAAGCAGCUACAAUAUCGUUUAUUUUUUGUAGACAAACCUGCAGUUUGUGAUCAAUAGUUGGCAUUAUAGCCAUACACACCAAAUAUUUAGAGCAUAUAGAAAAGAGGGACAUAGGAAUUUAGGCAUAAAUUAAGGACAAUCCUUCUUAAAUACUGAAAUACUUGUUAGGUAUGAUUGACGUAAAGGUUUGUUAAGCUGUUUCUAAGUGACAGAUAAACAUUGUAUAACGUCCAGGAUUGGUGGCAGAGAUUAAGAGUACUCUGUGUGGGCUUUUUGCUUUAUAAACUUACUUGUAGACUUCGAGUUAAACAAUCUGGCAAUGCAUGCAAUCCCUUGUUGAGCCCCUGAUCAUAGACCAUAUAUAGUGAAGGACACACCAUCAUUUGAACAAUUCCGUGGUGGAGGUGGUCACAUAGUCAACACAUCCUGUACGUGGUUUACAUCCAGCGUGUUAAUCAUUUUGCAUAUCCCUCAAAAGCUGAUCACAGCGUAUUUACAUCAAGCAUGCAAAACAUUUCUAAAACCACAAACACAGCUGUACAAACCAGGUGUCCUCGUGAACUCCACUGGGACACGCACGGGAUUUGGAGAAACGUGUAUUUUAAUGUAUUAUUUGAAUGGUUCUUGUAAUUUAAGCAUGUAGAAAAAUGGACACAUUCAACCAGAGGCACAAUAAUAAUAAAACAUAGUACAGAAAUACAGUCAAUAGUAUCGAAUAAAACACAGUGAAACAGAGCAAUAGGUUAGCUUUUAUGGGGGAUGGCUUUUUGGAAACCUAUUUUGUAAGCCUGAUACUUGUAAAGUACAUACCAAAAGAGUAGUGGUGGGGAAAACAGUGUGGAUGAAAUCCCCUUCCACCUGAAGUAAGUGGAUAGUUAAAGGAGCACUAUAGUGCCCGGAAAGCAAACUCGUUUUCCUGGCGCUAUAGGGUCAUUAGGUCCCCCCCACCCUCAGGGCCACUUACCUUUCUCCAGCGCUGGGCUCCCUCGGUGCUGAGGAACUCACCCCCCCUGCCGACAUCAGCUCCAAAUGCGCAUGCGCAGCAAGAUCCACGCUUGCAUUCAAACCGCCCAUAGGAAAGCAUUACUCAAUGCUUUCCUAUAGACAACCAAAAACAGGAAUAGAAACUAUCUACCCAACUAGGAGGGGUGGAGAUUGACCUAGGACCUUAAGACAGAGAGAGUUGUAUUGGAUCCUUAAGAUGGGUAAAUUUUUUAAUGCAGGACUCAAUAAAGAUCUAGGUAUAGCUGCCUUUUAAAGUAAAUGGAAGAGAGCUUUCUUUUACCCCUAUGAGUGCAUAUAUGCAGAUGCUAUAUGAGUGUGUGAGUGUAUGUGUAUAUAUACACAUAUUACAAACCAAGAGAGUUGUGGUGGGGAAAAAGUGUGGAUGAAAACACCUUCCACCUGAAGUAAGUGGAUAGUUAAUACAUUGCCAAACACAAUAAGCCAUAUGACUUGCUUUUCCCACAUAAAUCUCACUUUAACAGUGCUCUCACUACUGCAAGGGAUUCUGGGUAGGAAUAUGCAAAUGAGCUCAACAAAGAACCACAUCUUUGCCUUAAUUCUACUUCAUACAUGGAUUCCUUUUCGUAUGUGUUUGCUGUAUACAUAUAUAUAAAAAAUGAAUAAGAGAAAAAGAGGACUAGCUUUUGGCCCAAGGGUAUUGUAAGUGAAUAAUUAAAACUUAACUUUUAAUAUUUUUAUAUUAAAAGUUAAGUUUUAAUUAUUCAUUUACAAUACCCUUGAGCCAAGAGCUAGUCCCCUUUUUCUCUUAUUACUUUAUCAUUUUGGGUUCAUGUCCUGCUCUACCAGCCCUACUGUACCUACAUAUUAUACUCCCACUUUUCCCUUUAUUAUAUAAGAAAUUAAACCGAGGGCUGCACAUAUCAGAACAUGCAUACAUUAUAGGGAGCUGCUGGGGCCAAUUCAUACAACAUACAAGAUCCAGCGUACUCGCUCAGUGACUAAACAGCAAUUUCACGUCUCACAGGAUGUUUAUUUCAAAACACCUCACAUAGGCAAAAAAUAAUUAGAUAAAUUACUAGUGCAAAUAUGUGCAAACAGAAUACUGUGCCAUUUUGUAACCAAUAUCACCUUGAGUAAAUAAAAUGCAAAAAUAUAUUAUUAUAAAAGUGUACAAUCCGUAAUACACUUACAUGGUAAACAAUGGCUUAUAUCCAGUAAAUAAAGUAAAAUUGGUUUUGAGAUGGAUUUUAUGUGUAUAAAUAAAUGUGGACAUAUGCUUUAAGUUGCAAAAUUUAAAUUGCAUUAAGAUAGACACGGACAUCUAAGGGCGGUCUUUGCAAGAAUCCAAUUAGUGGCGCCCACAUAGGCGGACUUAAAAGGAAUGGGCAGCAAAGGUCUGGCAGAUCUGAUGUAGCGGUCGUCACGGCAAAACGCGUCAUCACGCAAGAACGUCAGAACGUAGGACAUCAGAGGGCUUGAGACCAUGUCUCCUGGAACUAGCGACCAGCGGUACUUGAACACAGAGUUACAAUCAAGCCGGCAUCUGUAUCUUCACUGAGUUCGUACCUUAAAGCGUACUGGGAAGAUCCUUUUUUCUGUAUAAAGGGUGUUUGUGGUUCUCCUGCAAUAAAUUCCUGUCUACAUUACCCUGCUGCCUAUCCUGGUUAUUUUGGAGCCAUCAAAGUUAGAGCAGGCUACACUUCUCUCCUUUUGUGAGUAGUAAUUUUGGCUUUUUUUAAAUUCAAAGUGAUUUCAGAGUUGCACGAUUAUGUGUUUCCAUCUUCUCUUUAUAUACUAGAUAUAUGACUGGAUAUUAGCUCUUGUUUACCAUGUAAGUGUAUCAUGGAUUUUUGUGUGAUUUUUGCAUGUCUUAAAGACACAGCGCACCUUUUUAUAUUUUUAUGGUUUAUUAAUAGUGUGUAUUACUGCUUGUUUUACACUGUAGAGGUGCAGCUCUCCCCCCCCCCCUUUUAAAAUUGUAUUACUAUCUCUGAUAAUUUUAGCGCCACUUAUUCACUUGCAUUUGCAUUUUAAAAAAAUAAUGGGAGUUAAGUUGCAGUAUAUAAUCAUAUAUUGCAUAAGCCUGUCACAAUGUCAAUGUACCCCAUUCUUGGCCGGUCCUACUCUAGCAGCCUAAUGCCUGCUCUUAUGAGAUUGAUCAAAUACUCUAACUAAACCCUCAUUAUUUUUUGCCAAGGCUUUUGCAGUUUUAUUGGUGAAAUGAAACACAUUAAAUUGAAGUUGGUUGUCAUUUACAAUAUGAACAUUUUUGAACAUAUUGUCAGGAACUCCGCACGUCCAGCGUAAUAUUUGCACCGUCAACACGUCUUCUGCUGGACUCUCAAUAAUCUCAUCUUUUAUUGUGUUGAAUGUUGACAAAGCUGUCACUCCUGUUUGAGUAUCAUUUGAAGCACCUGGCCUCAGCCUAUUUAAGGCUUGAUCUUCCUUUAGUGCAUUACCAAUUUGUGGUCCUUGCUUGGGUUAUUCAUGGCAUGUGCUAUUGCGGCUGUUUGUUCAUGUUCUCCUGUGUUCCUGACUUGUGUUUCUUUCUUUGUAGUCACUGAACAUAGAAAAAAGGUCCAAGCACUCCAGGCUUAGAUAGGAAUAAUUUUAUUAAAAUUGAGUGUCCAGCAGCAACGUUUCGACCCCAGGGUCUUUUUCUGCUGGCCCAGAUUUAGUUGCACCCAGGCUUUAUUUAUGGAUUGAGUGCAGUUCCAUUUUUGUUUUUUGGCACAUUGACUUUCUUUGUUGGCAUCCUUGUUUACUGCCUCCUCCAACUCCAGUCUGGCUUCCCUGCGUUUUGGAAUCCUUGGCCGGUUUUGUGGAAUUGCCUUUAUUAGCUUACACCUUGCGGUGUCUUUCUUCCAUGUUAAGCCUAGCCACUCUAAGUUCUGGUAAUAUGUCUUUCCAUCCCUGGUCAACAUCUGCUGUUAGGGAUCCGUAAACUUACACAAAUGAAAAAAAAUGCUGAUUUUCUAAGCCUUUACAAUUAUUGUUUGAUAGUUUUUUUUCCACUGAUGUGAGUAGUGGUCUCUCUCUGGUUAAGCCAUACAUUUAUAGGAUGACGAGGGAAUUAAUUCAUAUUUUGAUAGGCUUAUUUUCCAUGCUUUGAUAACUGAAUUGAUUAAUUUUCAUACAUUUAAUGUCUCUGGCCAGGUAGGGGUCCUUCAGUAUGGGGAGGUAGCAGUCCAUGAGUGGUCAUUGAAAGACUAUGCAACUUCACGAGAAGUCUUGAAAGCGGCCAAAAAUAUCAGUCGACAGGAAGGACGCGAAACGCGCACAGCAUUCGCUAUUCACAAGGCCUGGUGAGUAAGUCAGUGAUAACUAAAUUAUUCUUGUAUACAACAAAUGUCUCUUUUUUUUAGAGUAUUCAUAGCGGUAAAGAGUAAAAGAGAAAUUUAACAUUUAAAUGAGUCCUGACACAUUCAAAUUCAGCAACUUGCCUGUAACAAAAAUAGUCUCUAAAAUGUUGUUCUAAAUUGUAACUCAAGCACCAUGGAAACUGCUAUUAUUUUUAUAAAUUUGCUGCAGAAUUUAUCGUUACAUAAAACCCAUUUUGUGAAAAUUGAAUGUGCAUUUAUUCAUGACAUCCCACCACAUUUUUCCCGUAGUUGACCAAAUAAGUAAUAUGUUCACCAAGGUAAAUAUACACUAAAUCUCCUUAUUCUAGCACUGAAGCUUUUAGCCCCGAGCGUGGUGGAAGAGAAGACGCCACUAGACUCCUCAUUGUUGUGACGGAUGGAGAAUCUCAUGAUGGAGAUGAACUCCCUUUAGCUUUGUCAGAGUGUGAGAAGCGUCAUAUCACUCGAUACGCCAUUGCUGUAAGUGUUGUAGUUGAAAUGAUGUUCCUAUAAAAAGCUAUCACUGCUAUUUUUUACGAGAUGAAUCAUUUUAAAUUGCAAAGACAUUUAGAGAAAAGUCAAUACUGAAAAUAAAGUAAAGGGCUUGGUGUUAUACUAUGUAUCUCUUCACCAGGUUUUGGGGUAUUAUAUGAGAAGACAGAAGGACCCGGAUUCAUUUAUCAAUGAGAUUAAGUACAUCGCCAGCGAUCCGGAUGAAAAGUAUUUUUUCAAUGUCACUGAUGAAGCUGCGCUAAAUGACAUCGUAGAUGCUUUAGGAGACCGGAUUUACAGUUUAGAAGGUAUCAGAAAUUGACAUAGUUGGGAGGUCUGAUCACAACAAAAAGUUGAUAACUAUAGAUAUUUUUUUUAUUAUGAAUUAAUUAUAACAUUGUUCAAAAAUAGGAAAAAGUGUUGACAUUUUUGAAUGUUAAGUUUUGAGCAGCGACUAGUAAAGUGGAUGUCCGUAAAAAAUAAUAAUAAAAAGUCAACGUUUCCGUUCGAAACAGGAACUUUCAUCGGGACAUUAAAAAGCAAACAUAAAAAAAAAAUGCUGUUUAUAGACAGAGAAAUCAAAUGUACCCCUAAUUGCUGUUACGAGCACAUCCUCCCUGCAUGUGUGUGAAUAAGCUCCUCCCCCUAGCGCGAUGUGAUGUAUAACUCAGUUUGCCAUUGAAACAAGUGAAGCUGCGUCCCAUAGCACUACGCUUGUGUAUCGUAAACAUUUACGCUCGUGUAUGCGUAAAUGUCUCAACUACUUAAAUCAAAAAUAUGUGCAAAGGUUAGGAUGCUGUGUUGUAUUCAAAAGUAAUUUGUGACGAGUGAUUCAAAGCGAUAGAAUAAGGUGUCAUUUUUUUUUACGUUGUGCAAAACUAUAUGUAUAUAAGGUCUCAAAAAAACACAGUGUGGAUGUGACACAUAAAACAGGUAAGUGAGUAAAAAAAGUAAAAUACAUUUUCCAACGUUUAUACCUGUAUAGUCUAUAUUAACAACAAUAAAUGGUAAAAUAUUGUAAACUAAGGCAUUAUUCUAAAAAGGAAACCAAUGCACAAAAAAAAGUAAAAAGUCAGGAUGGAUGAACGAAAGUGUUAGAUAUAGAGAGAAUCUAUGACAAAAGCACAAGAAAUGAAAAAUUCCCCCAAAAAGUGGAAGAUUCAAUAAAUUAAAUUUCAGAUUAGAGGUGUUUUUUUUUUUUAGUACAUAAAGGUUAUAAAAAAAACUAUAAUCCUAUAUUCAACAAAAUUAUUUAAAGAUUUUGUCCAAAAAAGGGAAGCUGGCAUAUCAGCAGGGCCGUCUUUAAGGAGGGGCAAAAGGGGCAGCUGCCCCGGGCCCAGUUACUCCUGGGGGCCCUAAGGCAGCUGCCCCAUGGGCCCCCUGCAGCACCUGAGGUAAUCAGGGGCCACAGCCCUUUAAUCCUGCUCUGGACUGGGCCCUUGUAAUAUGGGGGUUGGCUGAAUACAAACACACAGCUAGCCCCUCACACACUGCCCUGUGAUCCCUUUUCUUCUCCGUGGCAUGCUGGGAGGCAGUGAGGUCAGAUCACUUCCUCCUCAGUGCCGCUGGGGAGGAGGCACACACCACACGGAGGAGGAUGCAAGCAUUGUUGGGGAGAGGGACUGAGAAAGCUGAUGGCAGACUCCCAUCAGCCUGGGCCAACAAGCUCCCACUGGACCCCAGGGAAGCCACCUUUCUGUACCCAAAAGGUAAGGAGACAGGAGGGUGGCUAAAUAUGUUUUGUUUUUUUGUUUUGCUUAUUUCUGAUAUCACUUUUAUUCAAGUGUUGGUGUUUGUAAUGUAACACACAGGGAAUAAGUACAUGUUAAAAAUCCUAGAAGAACCUGACAGUUCCCUAUUAAAUAUACAUUUUAAAAGUAUUUAUUUUAACAUAUUAUUGCAUCAAGUGUUAUCAAAGGCUGUAUACCAUUUCCAAAUGUCACUUUUGCCAAAUUCUGGACCAGGGUAUGUAAGAACAGAGUUGAGACAUUAUUAUGGCCAAGGUUGCUGGGAGUUGCUGUCCAAGAGCUGCUAGAAGGCAGAGAUUAAAAUAUGUAAAUGUACACAUAUAUGUGUGUGUGUAUCUGGCUGUGUUUAUGUCCUUGUGUGUAUCUGGCUGUGUUUAUGUCCUUGUGUGUAUCUGGCUGUGUUUGUGUCAGUGUGUGUAUCUGGCUGUGUUUGUGUCAGUGUUUGUAUCUGGCUGUGUUUGUCUGUGUGUCAGUGUUUCUGUGUGUAUGUAUACCUGUGUAUGUGUACUUGUGUGUCAGUGUGUAUGUGUACCUGUGUGUGUGUUGUGUGUGUGUAUGUAUGUAUGUGUCAGUGUGUGUAAGUGUGCAUCUGAGUGUGUGGUAAUGCAUACAUCCCAGCAUUUUAAUGCCAACACAAAUACACUCCAUCUCUAGCACUGUACACAUAUACACCCCUGCAUUUAUACCUUUAUGUAUGUGUGUAUCUGAGUGUGUGUGUACAUACCUGUGUCAGUGUGUGUGUGUACCUCUGUGUGUGGAUGUGCCAGUGUGUGUGUGUAUCAAAGUGCUUGUAUCUGUGUGUCAAAGGGUGUGUAUCUGAGUGUGUGUGUGUGUGUAUGUGCCAGUAUGUGUCAAGGUGUGAGCAUGUGUCAGUGUGCCUAUGUGUGUAUCUGCGUGUUAAUGUGUAUAUGUGUUAAAGAAAUCACACAACAUGCAAACAGAGCCCUGCAAACACAAACAUUACAUACAAACACACCAGUUUGCUGAAACACCAAUACUACACACAGAUGUACACAACACUACAUCCAAACAACCCCCUGCAUGCAAAUACAAACAUUACAUACAAACACAUUCCUGUAUUAAAACGCUAAAAUUAUAUACAAACACCAACUCUACACACAAAAGUACACCUGCAUUUAAAAGCCAACACUACAGACAAUCACACAUUACUGCAUUCAAACGCAAACACUACACACAAGUACACCACUGCAUUCCAAUGGUAACAGUACAUACAAAUACACCCCUACAUGCACACAUACACUCUAUACAAUAACAUGCUGACAUUCAAUUGCACAAACACUGCUCAAAAAUACAACCCUGCAAGGAUGGUAGAUCCCCAGCUGGCAUAGCAUCGCAGGAGUUGUAUGACAGAUGGGGAUCUAUCUUUUCUUUACUCUUGUGCUACAGGGCAGGCCUGAAUUAUUAUUUUUUUUGCACCAAGGCACUCUCUACAUUAGGUUGGGGUGGAGGGAGUGAUUGCAUGCCCAGGGGGCCCAAGCAGAUGCUUGCCCAGGGUCCAAUCAAUAUUAAAGACGGCCCUGCAUAUCAGGAACAUUUAUGGGUGCAGCUAUAGCCCCCCAUGUCUGCAAAUGCAUACAUGUUACAGCUCGAAAGGAAAUAUAUUUUGGAGAAAUACAAUGACAUGAUUGCAGGAUACUUUUGCUACAUCAACAAUGUGUUCAUUUUUUUCAAAAGGCGGUGAAGAGAAAGCAAUGCGGUUUGUCGAUUACAUCAAUGGAUUACUGGCACCAAUUAAAGUCACAUCACAAAAUAAUCGAACGAUUAUACAAUAUUUGGAUGUGGAAAUUUCCUUACAGGAAGGAAAAUUGGAAUAUAGUUUGUAUUGCAUACCUAUGGAUCAGAACACGAUUUUACACUUUUCUAGUGCCCAUCUCAAUCACCUUUAAAUACAUAAAGGGAAUCAACACAGUAAAGGAGGAGACUAUAUUUAAAAGAAGAAAAACUAACACAACAAGAGGACAUGGUCUUACAUUAGAGGGGCAAAUGUUUAAAAAUAAUAUCAGGAAGUAUUACUUUACUGAGAGGGUAGUGGAUGCAUGGAAUAGCCUUCCAGCUGAAGUGGUAGAGGUUAACACAGUGGGACAGGCAUAAGGCUAUCCUAGCUAUAAGAUAAUGCCAGGGACUAAUGAAAGUAUUUAGAAAAUUGGGCAGACUAGAUGGGCCGAAUGGUUCUUAUCUGCCAUCACAUUCUGUGUUUCUAUGUUUCUACAACAUUCAACAUACAAUAAUUUGCAAGUCAAUCAUAGCAGGGUGCAACUCAGGAUGAUGUACAAUACAUUUCUGGCAAGAAGAUAUAAACAAUGAGAUUUUGAAAAGGCAAUGGAAAAAGCUGUAAACCCAGUGAACUGGUCCUCUCUGAUGGAAUCCAGCCGGGGUCAUGGCUCUAGGCCCAAAAGGAGCCCUGGUUGACGGUCUCUUGGGGGCACACAGGGGAGGGGGGGUGAAAGAGACCAUUGAUGUACCCAGAUUGGGACGGAAGGUCUCGAGAUACGAUUCUUUAUGGUAUCAGUUCUAGUUACCAUCACCACCCCUAGGGCCAAAUUCAUCUUAAUACUUUAACUAACAAUCCAACCCACGGUGUCAUAGACCUGCAUUACCACUUCAGGUGGCCUGUCUUUCUGUAUGUUUUAUUAGGUGGGAAAUUCUAGAUAAUUCAGGUGCCCCCUUUUUACUGCCCAAAGGAGUAUAAUAAUCGCCGGUGUAAUAUUUUAUGUUUUUUGCUUUUUUAUUUUCUUAUAUGUUUUAUAUAUAAAAUCUGAGACCGUAUCUACUCGUAUUUAUUCUCUGAGGCAUAGCCCAGCAGUCUCUGUUUUACUAAAGGACAUACUACUGUAUCAAUUGUAUGUUUGAACAACUCGAACAAUGAUAUGGAUCAUGAGAAAUGGGCUUCUGCGUAAGCUUCAACUCAACCGCUAUGUCUUUAGUAACAUCUGUCGAUGAAAAAUAAAGAAUUGAAAAAUAUGUUCCUUAAAUUGGCUUUCAAAAUACAGUGUUGAUAUGUCCAUACAGCGGUUAGAAAUGGAAAUCUUCUAAAAUAUUGUUUGAGGGGAAUUUUAAAUUUUUUGUGCUUUUAUUAUAGAUACUUUCUAUAUGUAACACAUUCCUUCUUCCAUCCUGACCCUUUUACUUAUAUUUGUCAUUUGGUAUCCUAUUAGGAACAAUGCCUUUGUUUACAAUAUUUUACCAUUUAUUGUUCUUAAUAUAGACUAUAUAUGUAUUGCUUGUUAUCAGAUCUAUUUCACUUUUUAUUUUACUCACUUUUGUUUUAUGUGUCACACUAGCAUUUCGAUUUGUUUUUUUAGACCGUAUGUGCAUAUAGUUUUGCACAACGUAAACAAAUCACACGUUAUUCUUGCACUUUAAGUCACUUGUUACUUUGUAAAUGCAAAAUACUUUUACAUAUAACACAACCUCCUAAUCUUGGCACAUAUUUUUGCUUGAAUUAUUUGAAACAUUUGCGCAUGUUUUGUGCACUAUCACCUUGUUAAUACUUGUAACAAUUAUGAUAAAGAAGCAUAGUGCUCCUCGAUGCGGCUUCAUUUGUGUCGAUGGCAACCAAAUUUGCCGGUCAGAUUCGCUCACGAUGCUGGAAGAUGUGUUCGUAACAGCACUUAGAAGGUAAGUUUGAUUUUUAUGUCUAUAAAUAGUGUUAUAUUUGUUAUGUUUACUGUUUAAUGUCCUAAUGAAAGUUCCAUGAAAGCAACAGACCGUCAGUUCUGAAAUAUUCACAGUCCUUUUUUUACCCAAUAUAAACCGAUCUAUCUAAUUUCAUCCAAGAAUUGAAUAAGUGCCAAACCGUAUGAUACAGUUUAGUAACAAGGUCUCUGUAAAAAUAUAGAUCAGCGCAUAAAGUAACCACAGUGCCAAAAUAAUCAUUUGUUUCUAUCAAAAGCACAAAUUAGUGGGUUCCUCUAAGAAAAUGUGACUUGAAAGAAUUAAAUAAAGAGCGGUUUUAUUUGACAAAAGGGAGCCAUAUGCUUCUCUGUAUACUACAUUUACCCCUCCCAGAAUGCACUUUUUUGUGGUUUAUGAUGUAAACAAAUCUGUACUUGCUUAUAGUGAUGCAAAUAUUAAAUAAAGGGUUUACAGUGUUAUAAAUAAUUCCCGAAUUUGUUUAUAGUCUUAUAAAUAAAACUGCAGAUUGUAAACUAUGAUGUAAUUUGAGUUACAUACAAUAUAUACCGUAGAGCGCAUAUUUUAGCUCCAGUUAUUGCAAAGAAAUCACAAUGUCCAGUAAAUACUGAAGCGGAGAUAUUUGAGCUGAAUACCUAUAUAUGUGUUUUUUUCCCCACAGGAACGUAUGGAUUUAAUGAAAGUUCUUUUGAACUGGAGAUGUCACAAAUAGGUUUUUCCAUCCAUGUACUGGAGGUGAGCUGCAAGGAGUUCUAUUUUAUAGAUUGAUUAGACAGACACUUGUGAAAUUUCUGUUUGUGUGUAUGCUUGUGUCUAGUGUCCUCCAAAACAAUGUAUUUCCCGACAGUUAUACCCAAGAGCCAUACAUCCCCGGAUAGCUCUGGUGUAGGGGGGUAAGCUGUUCAAAAAGAGCUUGGAUUGGAGCUGUCUAGCAUAACUGGUAAAAGUUUAGCCAGGCCUCAAUCAUCGUCCAAUCUGACACAGAGUUCCAGACUGUUGGUUACUAAUUCCCAGUCUCCAUUAAUGGCUUCUUGAAACCCUGUGUAAGGAGGCUCCAUCAAGUCGCUAGUGUUUUUGGACAUUGUGGCGUACCUACCACGGUUGCAACCCCGUCUGGAUACCUUCUGUACCGGUGCAUAGCCGCACCAGCUCGGGUCCACAGCACCCGGGUGUCUGGCAGGAGUGGAGAGCUAAGCUCUAUGAGGUUAUUUAGUUACUCCAAUAGCCAUUAGAGGGAUUCCCACCUGCCACCUCUUAGGUGGGUCCUACACUAACCAUUUACCUUGCUUUCAUGAGCUUCUGGCAAAGAUAUCUCUAAUAAGACUGAGAGGGGUAUUCUUAUAAACCCCUACAUGCUUAUUAACUCUUGUAGGUGGAUAUGUCACAUUGUGUGUUUGGUAGUGUGUGUAUGUGAGGGGCUGUUUGGGGUAUUGCAUGUGGGGUUGUGUGCAUGUAUGUGGAUUGUUAGUGGUGUUGAGUUUGUGGGAAUUGUGUGUAUGUUUGUGUUUGUGCUGUUUGUAUUAUUUCUAUGAGGGGAGGGUUAUUCUGCAUUUCUGUGUAUAUCUAGCAGUGUGGGAGGUUUCCCUGGGGUCCAGUGGGGACCAGGCUGGCCAAGUACAGGUCAAGGACAGGAGUUGCAACAGCCGCUGCAGGCUGCUCUACUACAGUGUGGACUCCUAUUUACAAGUGCUGGGAGGAAGUGAUCUGAGAUCACUUCCUCUACGUGUUGCAAUGCAUAAAUUGAGGAUUGUCCUUCACCACAUUUUUGUAUUAGCAGAUAUCUGAAGUUUCACUGGGACUCCUGAUAGGCCAUAGCCUGUUUGGCUCUAGCAGCCUUGAGUGCCGUGCAUGGCAAAGGUGCCAUAGGUUGCCUACCCCUGGUAUAUUGAAUCUUGUCACUUUAUAAAGAGAAUGUACUACAUUGAAAUGUUGUCAUUAAAGAAAGAAAAUAACACUAUAUGCAAGUUUUGUCACACACCGUAUGAAAGAGAUGUCCCUGUGUAGAGGUGUUGUCUCUAUGUGAUUUGUUGUCUAAUGGAGUUUUCUCUGUUUUUCUCUGCCCAGGAUGGGAUUCUGUUUGGAACUGUGGGAGCUUAUGAUUGGGAUGGCGGGGUGUUAAAGGAAUCCAUGCAGGGGAACAUUAUGCCCCCUCGUGCUGCCUUUGAGAAGGAAUUCCCGGUGAAGAUGAAGAAUCACGCUGCUUACCUGGGUAAUGCUCAACUUAUGAAUUCACCCCUUAUCUCACCAAAAUCUGUACAUUAAGAUGCAGUACUAAGACUUUCAUUGACAGAGAGCAAGCGAGAGAGUCUGUGUGUGCGUGCGCGCGCACGCACACACUUGUAUAUAUAAGGUCCAGCACCCUCACUCACUAAACUGCAAUAUAUAUAUACAGCAUCUCACAAAAGUGAGUACACCCCUCACAUUUUUGUAAAUAUGUUAUUAUGUCUUUUCAUGUGACAACACUGGAGAAAUGACACUCUGCUACAAUGUAAAGUAGUAAGUGUACAGCCUGUAUAACAGUGUAAAUUUGCUGUCCCCUCAAAAUAACUCAACACACAAAUGUCUAAACCGUUGGCAACAAAAGUGAGUACACCCCAAGUGGAAAUGUAUGUAUAUAUACACACACUUGUAUUUUUAAUAAAGCACAUACUGACUGUACAUUUUUAGACAACUCGGAUAUCAGGCCAGGCAUGUUCUACAUUCAGAUGUGAGAGAUUACCUGUCUGACCUCUCAUUCCACUACCUCAGGUGAACCUGUCUGACAUGUCCUUCCAUGAGUUCAGGUGAACCUGUUUGACAUCUCCCUCCAUGAGCUCAUUUGAACCUGUCUGACAUCUCCUUCCAAGAGCCCAUGUGAACUUGUCUGAUAUCUCCUGCCAUGAGUUCAGGUGAACCUAUCUGACAUUUCCUUCCAUGAGUUUAUGUGAACCUGUCUGACAUCUCAUUCCAUGAGCUCAUGUGGACCUGUCUGAUAUCUCCUGCCAUGAGUUCAGGUGAACCUGUCAGAUAUCUCCUUCCAUGAGCACGUGAACCUGUUUGAUAUUUCCACCAUGAGCUCAUGUGGACAUGCCAUAUGUUUCUUUAUAGGAGCUCAGGUGUACCUGUAAGAAUUUCCUUUGUUGCCGUUAGAAACAUAGAUCUAAGCCAAUGCUCAUUGUCAGAAGAGACAGGCUCUGACUUUGAGAAACCCAGGUUUAAAAAGUUAACUGAAUUAUGAUUUUCUGAGUAACUAUUAGAGACUGAGAUGCUUAACCAGCGGUCCAAUAUAUUUCUUACACAAAAUAGCCGACCAUGGGAAAUUAACAAUUAAUUGAGAUUGCCACAAAUCUCUUAGGUUACACUGUAUCAUCCAUCUCCUUGCGGAGCGGAAAGGGUUUAUACGUGGCGGGGGCACCAAGAUUCAAGCACAAGGGCAAGGUGAUCCUGUUUGAGAUGUUUCAGAAUGGCAGUGUGUCUAUCUCCCAGGCUCUGGUGGGGGAACAGGUUAGUACCAUGGACCAUGAGCAUAAUGACCAUCUCCAUAAAGGGGUCAUAAUGUCUAUUGUGGACAGAGCUGGAAGUGAAUAUUUAUAUCAUCAUAGUUCAAUGUUCCCCAUGUUAAAAUAUCCCCAUGCAGCAAAAUACUAAAUAUAUUCCAUACCUUCCCUUGCAGUAAUUAAUUUAAUCAAGACUUAAGGAUGACAAAAUGAUAAUGUUCUGCAGAUUGUGAAGGUGCUUUGAUUUUCCAGUGCCUUUAGGCUUUUACUGCAUAUAUCCCAUUAGAGAUCUGUAUCCCUGGUAGGCACGCAUCAUUUGCUGUCUUGUGCGACCACUGCUAGAAAAUAUUUAGUUCUACCUGGGGCUCUUUGAAACUUAUAGAUACAAGAUUGCAAAUGGGACAAAUGUAACCAAUUGAUCUGUCUACGUCAUUCACAAACCCUUUAUCUUAUUUUAUCCCCUAUUCCCUCCCUCUCUCUCUCUCUUGACAGAUCGGCUCCUACUUUGGCAGUGAAGUUUGCCCUGUGGAUGUUAAUGGAGAUGGUGCUACAGAUGUUCUGUUGGUGGCUGCUCCGAUGUUCCUUGGUCCACAGAACAAAGAGACAGGACGAGUCUAUAUCUACAGAGUAGGCCAGGUAAAAGCAAGAUUUUCAUCACAUCAAUGAACCACUUGAAAUUAAUGUGACUCCAGAUAUCUGCCAUUGAGGUGACAUGCCCCAUAAACCCACUGCUUCUUCUGGGCAAAAAAGCUGACAUACUACAAAGACUGCAAAAAAAAAAGAGAGCGAGAGAGAGAGAGAGAUUUGACAUAUUAGAGUCACCUACAGACCACAUAAUAACAUAGAAUCCAUUUAGUGGCAUUUACUACUCACAAUGCUUAAAGGGACACUAAUUUAAAUGAAGUUAUGAUGCCAGGAGGCACCUGGAGGCCAUCUUACCAUUCUCGAACGAUUUAACCCCUAAGUUGGCUCCAGCACUGAUGUCCAACCCUACCCCGGCGGAUUCCAGGAAACCCGCAGUGCUGUGGGCAGAGGCGCCGUUGAUUGUCUGAGAGUGGUCAUCGGUCAUCCAGUACCGGAGUCAAUCAAUGACUCACCAUUUACUAAACUGGCUUGGAGAGAAACAUACCUUUUCCAAGCCAGUUUAGUGAAUUUGGAGUCACUGAUUGGCUGAGAGCGUCAACUGACCACUCCCAGCCAAUCAGUUACGCCUCUGCCUGGCAGCAGUCCGUGCUUCCUGAAUCUGAAUAUUAAGAAGCCGGAAGCAGCCGGGGGGAGUGUACAUUGCCACUGGAGGCAACUUAGGAGUUAAACCGUUCAAGAACGGUUCAAUCCCUUGAGGUAAGAGUGGGCUCCUGGCACCAUAACAACUUAAUUUAGAUUAAGUUGUUUUGGUGCCUGUAGUGUCCCCUUAAAUAUUUAGAUUAUACAUUCAGUAUGUUAGCUGCCUGUAUACAUAGAAUUAAUAUGACUCUUGUAUGUCCUUUUCUAUAAUAUAAUAGCCCCAGCUUUAAAUAAACAAACCUUUAUAUUUAGAAAUAUGUUUUUUCAGAUCGCUGUUCUACAUCCCGAGGAUCAGAAUGAAUCUACAUAAUUCAGAUAGGAAACAUAUUUUUUUGUGUUACCACUAAAAAGAAAAUGAUCAAGGGUCAGUAGACCCAAGUCUGGAAUGUUUCUAGAAAAUUGUGAAAUUAAACAUCUUAAAUGUUCAAGCACUUUUCUCUUGAAUUGUUUUAUAUAUUUUUUUUAGUUGUAUCUGACCAUGAAUGGCACGUUGCAUGCAGACCACAAAGUUCAGGAUUCCCGGUUCGGUUACUCACUGGCAACUGCCACAGAUCUAAACCACGAUGGAUUCAAUGACGUGGUGGUGGGAGCUCCUCUGGAAGAUAACCACAGAGGGGCAGUAUAUAUCUACCAUGGGUAUCGUAACAACAUCCAUCCCACCUACAAACAGGUUAGUGUAUUUUCUGCUUGAGACCAGUGAGGUUGUUGCUGAGCAAAUCUUGAGAAGAGGGGGUUCUUGAAUGUGCCUUGAGGUUAGCCUAUUAAAUCUAAAUCCAAACCCCAAAAAUAUAUUUUCCUGAAUGUUUGUCAUUUACCGUAGAGGUUAAAGCACAUUAUAGUAUCUAUGCUGACUGCGAUGCUAAUAUUUUCUGGGUUUUAAGCAGAAGUGAACCCAUUGUUUGAAAUUUGAGUCAUGUGUUUUGGACCAGAAGUGAUGUAUGGGCCGUGUGCCCUACAUGUAAGUGGAACAUAUUCAGGCAAUUACCAAACAGAACCUAAUGUGAAACUCCACAAUAGGAUAAUGUGUAUGGAAUGCCUGCUUGAAUUCUUUGUACAGGAAUGGUUCCAGAGUUGGAACGUGUCUUAAAGUCUUUUAGUGAUUAAGAACCAAGAACUCUCACUUAUGAAAAAGACCUGUUUGUCUCUUGAAUCUGUCCUGCAGAGAAUUGACUCCUCAUCCUUCAACCUUGGCCUGAGUUACUUUGGUCGCAGUGUGAGUGCCAAAAUGGACCUUAAUGGAGAUGAGUUGGUAGACCUGACUGUUGGAAGUCAAGGAGCUGCAGUCAUGUUGAGGUAUCAGAUUGUUGCUUUUUUUAGGGGGGGAGGGAACUUCUGAAAUUUGUGCCUCAUUGACAUAACAUAUCACAAAUGGCCUUAAUGUGUUCUAUGUGCAAUUUACACUUUGUUUGUGUUAAUAUUUAUCAGUUAUCAGAUAUAUCUGCAAUAAAUUGGUAAAUAUUGGGUAUUGGUAGAGUGGAAAGAAGUGAGGUUAUUCCAUAGUAAUCUUAAGUAUAAAAUAAAAUAGCUGUCCAACAUGGACCUCUGUGGAAGAUGUGUGAGACCGCAUAAACCAGAGAAAUCCUUAUAAUAAGUAUACGCAUGACUAUGCAGAUUUGUCAUGCAUUAAUUAAGUUCAGACAGACUUAGUAGUUAUUAUAUUGGUUGUCCUUUUCUGCUCCAUGUAGUUGUUUCUACUUUGUCUUAACUAACAUUUUUUAAAUGGGCAGUCUAAGCACCAUAACCACUACAGCUCAGCGUACUAGUUAUCGUACAAAGACACAGUGGGACUAUUCAACAUAUUUAAUUUUUUCAAACCAUAAGUACCAUAACCACUAUGGCUCAAUAUAGGUGCCAUGGUGCAAAGAAAAAUAAUGUGAUUGCAUUGCAAUAUAUAUAUAUAUAUAUAUAUAUCUGUGUUGCAGGUCACGGAGCAUCGUUCGUGUAAAUGCCUCUUUGCAGAUAAAUCCUUCAACCAUUAACAUGGUACAAAAGAACUGUCUUCGUCAUGGGAAGGAGUCUGUGUGUCUCAAUGCCACGCUCUGCUUUUCUGUUACCUCCAAGUCACCAGGAAAGUGGGAUAAUCACUUUGGUCAGUAAAUCGACUUUUGUUUCGAAUGCUUAAUUGAUUUGUUAUACAAUGUAUUUCCUUACCACAGAGUUUGAUGAUGACAAUGAUGUGUUCCUGAACAGAGCAGAAAAUGUAGGAUAAUGUGUUGAUGAUAGUUUAUGAAUAUGAAGACCAAAUGAGGUCAGGGUCUAGCCGCAUACGAGCUAUCUGCCACACCAAGACAUUAAGUAUUGUGUUUAAGGUUUCAGUAGCUUUAAUAAUUUAUGUUACUUGUGAUGAUUCUAACAAACGGACAGGCAGAUGGUUAUUUACAUCCCAAUACCCGAGUCCAGAAACUAUUUACAUUUAUUACUAUUACAGAUGUCCAUUUAAAUUAAAAUAAUAAGAAAGGAUCUAAUUACGGUUUUGCUAUUAUAACAGACAUCAUAGGAGGUACAUUUUGUGAUUAUGUUGGUUGUAGUAGGGUUCCCUUGGCAGGAUAUAUAUACAUAUGUUUAAGUUAAUCCACAACAUUAAACUAAGUGAAUACAUUCAACCUUCCAUCUUACCUACAUGUACAUGUAGAAAUACACCUCCAACACAAUGCUUUGCCAAAUUUCUCUAGUGAUGCAGCCCCAAAACUAUAAUUUCUAAUUGGUAGGUACUAAAUGUAUUAUAAUUAAACAGAUAGUCUACUCCUUUCAGGUCUUUAUUACAACCUCUCCUUGGAUGACAAAAAGAUCACCCCUCGGGCCUUGUUUGAUGAGAACUCUCAAAAGGUGCUGAGUAAGCGCAUCCGAGCGAGCACAGGGAAAAUUACCUGCAUGAUUCUAGCCUUCCAUGUCAUCGUGAGUAUGUUCUAAAGGUUCCAAUCAUCUCAUUGAGGUUCCUCAAGAAGAUACACAGUUACUCUUCCUAUGGAAGUUCCCUCACUUAGUUCUAAUGGUCUUUUGUGGAUAUGUUUUUAUGAAUCCUUGUUGACAGGAUCAUGUUAUAUAAGGUCAUGUCAUACUAUGCCCAUGCUGUAUCAGUAUUAAUGUUGUUCUUUAAUAUUUUCUUGAUAAAAUACUCAUUGUCUUUCUGACAUUGAAGCGUUGUCCCUGCCAACGCCACGUUGUAUAAUGUUUGAUGUAGAAUUAUCUUGUCUUUUGCACUCUAUGGAAAUUAACUUUAUUUUUGCUCACUUAGGAGACUGUUGAUUAUCUGAGGCCAAUAGGGGUUCACCUACGUUUUAAUCUGAGUGAUACAGAGUCUAGCCCGGUACUGGAUGACCGAUGCCCUUCUACUCUUAAAAAGCUGGUGAGUUCCAGAAACAGGCACAAUCUUGAAACUGUUAAAACCUUCUCCUAUGGAACAUACAGUGGAACCUCAGAACUCGAACGGUCCUGUUCUCGAACAAUUUGAACAAAAAUUUUGAGUAAAAACUGUCUCGGUACCAGUACAUACAACAAAGAGCCAAAUGUCUUGCUAUGCAAACUAUGUUCGGUACCGGAACAUACAACAAAGGGCUAUGUCUCAUUUUCAAGUCAGACAAUUAAUAUAAAUAAUUGUAAUAAUGGCCAACAGUAAAUUUUUAGCAAGUUGAAAGGCAGGAACCACUCAAAGGUAAGGUGCUUAUUCUUAGAGUGAUCUCUGCAUUUUUAAUGCAUAUAUAUAUAUAUAAAUGUAAAAUGCUGGUAUUUUGGGGGUCUGGAAUGGAUUAAUCAAUUUUACAUUAACCCCUUAAGGACACAACUUCUGGAAUAAAAGGGAAUGAUGACGGAAUAUUUCCGUCAUGUGUCCUUAAGGGGUUAAUUCUUAUGGGGAAUGUCGAUUCGGUUCUCGAACACUUCGGGAUUGAACAUCCUUCGGGAACGGAUUAGGUUUGAGUUCCGAGGUUCCACUGUAUAUACUAGUGGUGGUGUUCUUUUAGAUGGUUAUGCAAGUUAAACAAAGGGGGAGAAUACCCAACAAACAAAUAAAUAACACACUCUGUCCCUAUAAUGGUCACAGGGUGACUAAAACAUAGGAGCAGUCUUGGGACCUACAUAAAGUGUCCAUCUUCAGCCCCCAGUGAUAAUGACUACUGUCACACCAUCUCCACAACCCUUUUCAUUUAUCCUGUAUGUCACUGGUGAGGAAAAGGAUUGCAGUAUCUCUUACAAUAUCUCUUACAGGUUCCAUUCUUCAAGGAUUGUGGUGGAGACAACGAGUGUAUCACAGAUUUGGUUCUUAAGGCCCAUAUGGAUGUCUCUGGAUCCAGGUCAGCUGCUUCUAGAUUAUACAAUACAUGAUGAGAUGCAUCUUAAACUGUGGUAGAUGCUCCAACACACAAAUACCUCAGCUUUAACACCCAUAUCUCCUAUUACAAGCAGAAAUGUAAUCACAGAUUAGAGAUUACUCCGCAUAACUUAAUUGGAAAAUUCCAAGUAGCCCUCUGUAGUGAUUAUGGUGACAUAAGUGCUCAGGUGGUGUCCCACAGUAAGUAGUAAAAUCCUUUUAGUAUGAUUUGACAAUUUAAUUUGUCUUUACCCUCCUCUCAAUAGUGUGGACUUGCAGACUGUGGUAGAGAAUCUGCUUUAUUCUUUACCCAAUAGAAGCUGCUUAUUCCCUGACCCCUUAAUGUGAGCAGCUGACAGCUCUGUGUUAGGAUAAAGAAAAUCAUCUACCACAGCCCAUGACUUACAGGAGUGGGACUUACAGGAGUGGGAAGCUCUGGGCACCCCAUUCCCACUUAGCAACUGGACAUUGCACACCCUGGGCCUUCUGAAAGCACUGGCCACCUGUACUGAUUUACACUAGUUUUGGGCUGCCUCCAUUUCUUCAUCUGUCCAUUUCUCCCUCUAUCUCUCAAUGCACCCAUUUUUCCAUUCAUCGGUGUCUCCACCAAUCUUUCUAUAGAACAGUCUACCCAUCCACCUCUCCGUUUCUCCAACUAUCCAGUCAUCUCUCCACCAAUACACCCAUCUCUCUAUCACUCCAUUCCUCCACCCAUGUCUCAAUCUGCCCACCCCUUCACAUGAUUGACAUACUGGAACAGUGUUUGAAGAUAGCCCAGUUGACAAUUUAAGCAUGUUUAUCUUCUAAAGGAGAGGAGGUGGAAGGAAAUUCACUUACCAAAUGUGGGCAAAUAGAUAUAGGUGGUGUCCUGGUUUCAUGUAAACUUGCUUUGGUUAUUGCAGAGAAAAGCCCUAUAUUAUUAGAAGAGACAAGAAGAAGGUGGCUGUGGAUGUCCUGCUGGAGAACAGAAAGGAGAAUGCCUACAACACCAGCUUGAAAAUCUGGUUUUCCAAAAAUCUCCUCUUCUCCAGUGUUUCAGGAAAGGUAACUUGAUACCACGAGCAGAUUCUAGAGGAAGACCGUUAGCUGAAGGGUUCCUAGUAUAAUAAAAAUAAAAGCACGUACAGAUUAAUUCAAAGCAGCAUAUCGCUAUUAAGGAUUCCUACUGGUUUCACAUUACGCUAUUCUAGAGCAAUACUGUACUGAGCAGCAGUUAAGCAAACACCAGCUCUAUGGACCCCUUAGCAAGUAUGUAAAAGGGCUGCUCCUAAUCAUCAUAUCCACUACAGCCUGCUGUAGUUAUGAUCCCAGGAGUAUUCUGGUUCCAUCCAGCGGUAAUAGCGGUAAAAUCAUUUUGCUGCGGCUUCUUACAGUUCUUGUGACAACAUUUAGAGGGGCAGAAGCUGGAAGUUGAUAUGCACAGAAUUGACUUUAGCCAAUUAGAGUCUAAUUCCAGCCAGGCUAAUGACAUCUGUAUGGACGCAGCCAUAGGUGGAGGUGUUAAAAUCCAAAUGGGCGAUGUUUCCUAGCAAAACACUGUUCAUACAGACUCCAGGCACUAUAACCACAUUCAUUCACAAAGUGGUGAUGGUGCCUGGAGUAACCCUGUAGGGAUGUGGUUUAAAGUUAAAACUUUAUUGUAACAUUUUAAAAUCUCCAAACAUGGAGACCAAAUAUAGUGUUAUAGUGUUUGGUCUCUCUCAUAUGAAGAUCUUAAAAUGUUACAAUAACAUUAAGGUUUUAACUUUGAACCACAUUGUUAAUUACUUGCGGACAUUUCUGUGGAACUGGUGUUUGAUGUGUUUCCUAAUUCCAGAAGCACGUUUGUCCCUUAGUAUUGGGUCUUUGUUCUAGCACUUUCCCAGUAAAAUGAAGACAUAAUCGUACAAUAUGCAUGUUUCUGAUAAACCAGUAGCCGUUAAUGCUGGACCUGACCAACAGUACCGAUCAGUUGGCACAACCUCCUGGAUGGUACCCGUUUGCCUUGGAAAUACAAUAAACAUGGUGGACAGUGCUGAAAGAAUAACUGGUUUUAUGUUACAGGGAAACAGCCAAACGAAGGUGGAGUGCAUGGCUUUAUCAGCCCAUACAAGGUCUUGCAGUGUGAACUAUCCUGUACUGAGGUCUAAAGCAAAGGUGAGAAAAGUGGAUUCAUCACAUGUUGGCUUGCUGUAGCUGACAAAAAAAAAAAAUAAAAAAGGCCAGAAUGACUGUUAAACAAAAAAAAAAACCAGGACAGGGGGGGUCGGGACAGGCAGCCAGGAGCAAGUUGAAAAAAUGAAAUGAGAGGACAGGAGUUGGACAAAAUCUUCUGUUAUACACUAAUGCACUCAUGAAAAAGAAUCUUUUUUUAAUUUGCAUUUACUUUUUAAUAAUAAUUGUUCAUCUCAAUCUCAGCUCUUCCUUUGGUAGAGCACAGUUUAUCAUCAUUGUACUUGCCUAGGCCAAUCUAUGGAUCACAAGCGUUGCAGGUUGUCCAAUAAAUAUUGCCUUGAUAUCCCUGCAGCGGAAUGGUCGUAGGAGUGGGCAAAACCCCCUUCCAUAUAUACAUCAAUCUAUUUGUGGGGUGGCAGACUCACACAGUGUGUAGAUAGACUCUUGUUCUCUUUAAAGGGGGAGGGGUUUAACCCCUUAAGGUCACAUGACAUGUGUGACAUGUCAUGAUUCCCUUUUAUUCCAGAAGUUUGGUCCUUAAGGGGUUAAGCCAUUGUUUCAUGUUAAUAUCUUGCUAUUUAUCUAGGUCUCUUUCGUUUUGGAAUUCGAACUAAGCUGUACUUCUCUCCUGAAUCGGGUGCAGAUAAAACUUACUGCCAACAGGUAAUAAUGCAAUGUGAAAAGAUAACAAACAGACACGUUUGCCGAGUUAAUAACUACGCAGGCUACAGAAGUAAACACAGGAUAGGCGUUUUAAUCUGGGGAUCUGUAAAAUCAAAUAUGGUAUAUAGUAAAUUCUUACUUGCAUUUAAGUCUGCAGCUGCUGCCUCUGCCACUUAUCUGCCUGCUUACAGCAGACAUGAUCAGAAGUGAUUAUGUGAGCCAAUCACAAUGCUUUCCCAUAGGCAGAUCCGGGGCAGAGCCAGCAUAAGUCAAACACAGACCUGGCCAAUCAGCACCUCCUCACAAAGAUACAUUGAAUCAAUGCAUCUCAAUGAGGAAAGUUCAGUGUCUCCAUGCAGAGGGUGGAGACACUGAAUGGCAGUGCUGCACACUGUGCAGCACUGCUCAAGGAUGCACCUGUAAUGUAAACACUGCAUUUUCUCUAAAAAAAAACAAAAAAAAAACAAAAAAGUGUUUACUGCAAAAAGCCUGAAGGGAGCUAUUAUACUCACCAGAACAAAUACAAUCAGCUGCAGUUGUUCUGGUGACUAUAGUGUCCUUUCUAAAACAAAAUUAACCCAAAGAUACAGUAUAUCUGAUCUAUGCACGAUCCUAAUAAUUAAACACUAUCAUGGCAUGUCCUUGUUACUUGCGGGCUGGAAGUUGUUUAUCGAUGGGUCAAUGCAAUUGUAAAUACAAGAGGAUGAAUAGCAGCUUCUAUAAAACAAGAUAUAUUUUACGAGCAAUGUUUCUUAUACUAUCAUGAACUAUAUCAGACAGAUUAUUUCAACCCCCAUAUUUCAUGGGUUGACAUCAUUACUAUAAAUAACAACUAGCUUUGCUCAACCUUUAUGAAAUAGUGACAAGGAGCCAUCCCGAAAAACCUUAGUGACACUUCUGGUAUGCAUGGCUUCUGUUUUACCCCUUCAAGUAAUUUGGGAGUCAUGUUCCACAAAAGAUGGGCUGGUGAUGAACAGAUAAAUUGUGAUGCAGUGGCUCCCAUGGGACAAAAAAUUUUUAUGAAAAUAUUCCUUACAUUAGAUUAACAUGAAUGCACAUGUGACACCUCCCAACAACCAUAUUGUGUAUAAAUACUAUAAAAGACUACUUUGUACAUAAACAGAAUCAUUUUUUUCUUGUAGUGAAAAUAUUGAAAUGAAUGAGACUCUUCAUGACAACAUGGCUCAGCUUACAGCCAGUGUCCGAUACGAGCCAGAACUCUUUAUGUUAAGGUAAGAGUAGGCAUCUCACAAUAUACAGCAUGAUUUGGCAAGAACCUCGCCAAUGGUACCAGGAAAUGCAGUCCAGUAGUAAAUGUAAAGCUUAUCAAAUCUGAAAACCCAGAUCGCUUCUUCCCACCAUAGUAUAAAUAGGAAAGAAACCUCCAGUGGUUGUGUUAUUACCAUGUGUCUAUUCCUGUCUCUGGUUUACAGCGGGUCCACUCUCAAUCGAUAUGAGGUGCAACCAAGUUGGACAUUCCACCACAGCCAAGGUCCAGAGUUCAGGACUAAUUUCAAGGUACUGCGGAGAGCUGGUGAGAUAACUGCAUAUGUUAUAGAGUCCUGCAUCAGUUUCAGGAAAGUGGUCAAGUGUUUAUAGGUAAAUAAUAAUCUGGGAAGAGUUCGAUAGAGGGAACAAGGUCAGGUCAGGGAACUGGUUAGUGCAUCAUAGCAAGCAAACGGUUUGGAAAUUGCAAAUGAAGAAAAAAAAAAAUUGGGAAUGGUUUUAUAAAAACUUUGCAACAUCCUCUAGUUCUUUCUCGCCUUGACUACUGCAAUCCCCUUCUUAGUGGUCUUACUUGUUCCCAGACUGCACCGCUGCAAUCUUUAAAGAAUGCGGCAGCGGGGCUCAUUUUCCUGUCCGCCCGCAUCUCCCACGCCUCCCCCCUCUGUCAGUCCCUACAUUGGCUUCCAGUUAGAUAUAGGGCUCAAUUUAAAAUUAUGGUGCUUGCUUACAAGUCCCUACAUAAUGCUGCUCCAACCUACCUAUCCUCCCUAAUACACACAUAUGUCUGGUUGAGGCCCCUACGCUCUGCCAAAGACCUACGUAUAUCCUCUGUCCGUACUCCCACAUCUUUAUGCUCGCCUCCAAGACUUCUCCAGGGCUGCACCUUUUCUGUGGAACUCCCUUCCCCACUCCUUCAAAAAAUCCUUGAAAACACUUCUUUGGGAAAGCAUAUAAUUUAAAUUGUUAGCGUGUUUUCAUUCUCGCCCUCCUCCCCCCGUGACUCCUCUUCUGCAACUGUCAAAAAUAACCCAAGUGCCCAGUGAAUACUUUUCUAGCAACCUAUUUCAUUACUCCUACUUAUACCCUUUGUGUCACUAUACCCCACUCCCUCCCAUAAGCUCUUUGACCAGGGCCCUUAACCCCUCUGUUCCUGUGCGUCCAUUUGUCUGGUUACAAUUACAUCUGUUAGUCCACCCAUUGUACAGCGCUGCGGAAUUUGCUGGCGCUAUAUAAAUAAUAAAUUAAUAACAGACCAUACAUAGUCUGACACAAAAAUACUAAGUAAUUAAUAACAAAUUUAAAAGGAGAUGUUUAAAAGGUAACCAACCAAAACACCUACUGUGCAACAUCUCAGUGAUUUGUCUCAAAAAUAAAAUUGUUGUGCAAACUUAGUCCUGCGUAUGCUAGAUUUUUAUCAGUAAGUUUUUAGGUUAUCUCCAUUGUUGAUAGAGGCUUGUGACAAUAUGGCCCUGGUGUCUCUGGCACUGAAGGCAGGGAUGUAUUUACCACAAGGCAAACAAGGCAUUUGCCUAGGGUGGCACUUUGGGGGGGGGGAGGGAUACCAAAAAAAUGCCACCCCAAGCUCCCAGACAAAUGCCUUGUUUGCCUCAUGUUCUGGGGCUGCCCACCUGUGAGUGAGUGAAGUGUAGCUGUCAGUGUGUGUCGGAGUGAGAAUGGGUGUGCCUGUGAGGGUGUGUAUGUCAUUUUAUGUGUCUCUGAGAGUGUGUGCCUGUCAGUGAGUGGGUGUGUCAGUGAAAGUGUGUAUUGGUUAAACAGUGUGUGCCAAUGACUGUCAGUGAGUGUAUAUCAGUGCAUUUAUCAAUGAGGGCAUGUGUCUGUCAGUCAAAAAAAAAUGGCCUUGACACGAAUUGGGGGGGGACAAAUUUAGAUUUUGGGGGUGCCCGAAUUUAGUCGUGCCUAGGGCAGCACAAAUCCAAACUACACCUCUGACUGAAGGUGUACCAGUCCUGGCAUGCUAUUGUCCGUGGGUAUCUUUUACCUAACCUGCUGCCCUACUGCUGCUGCAAUGCAGGAAUACUGCAGAGUUGACUCCGGAUACUACAGGAUAUUCUACCGCUAAGGGCCACUCGCCAUUACCAACUAGUAACACUAUCGAGAGUGAUAGAUGACCGUAGAAAUACUUACUUCAAGAAAGACAAACAAGCUUCUUCUUGCUGCAAGUAGGAGCAACUGACUUUAUUUAACAGGGUUUUUAAACACUCGGCACACAAUAUACAAUUUUAUUUUUUGUUACAGUUCCUUUCCCCCUUUGUGCAUGUCCACCCUCAUAACAAAGACUUAUCUAGAUCGGCCAGGCAGAUAUCUCAGCAUGACACUAUGUCUGUAUCACAAUCUCUUUUUGGUCCCAGCUGGAAGGGAGACUGUGUCAUGUGCCAUGUGACAGUAUCUUUUGUCACAAGGUUCUAUUCCUGGUGACAUCUCUCCUUAAUCUUUCUAAGUAGAGAGCUUGGAAAUCUCAUCUCUCGCUAGUUAUCUUCUGAUUCUAUCUCAAUUGUGAGAUUCCAUCUCCUGCUAGAUAUUUCAUGCAUUUAUAUGUCUUAUAUUGACAUUUAUUCACAUUGAUAACCAUUUAUUACAGUCUACUUGUUACAAGUACAGAGCGUUUCUAAUUACCGGUAUGCUGGUGUGGUCAGAUUUAUAAAACUCUGGAUUCCAUUUAUAGACUAAAUAGACAGACAGUCUUUUCAAGCAUCUAUUCCAAACCAUAAAAUGGCUAAUUUAAAACUAUGGUCAUAAUGUUAACACUAUCUUCUCUUCAAUUAUACAAAUUUACUGUAGAACUUUUUAUUUUUUGCAAUAUUACCUUUAUCCUUUACUACAAGUGAAGUCGUAGAUAUUAAUCUCGACAGCAAACCAGUAUUGAGUCAGAUUAAAAAUUGUAGAGCUCCCUUACUCGUUAACAUUGGAUGCAAUGUAAGUACUUAUUACAUUAGCACUUACUGGGUGGUGUUGAUCACUUUUCUCGUUUUCCUAACUUACAUCUACAAGAUUUCAAUAUAUUUAAUAAAAAAGUAAUGUUUUACCAGUGGUGGAGCGUGUCUUUAUUUGUUAACUUCAGUUAGGAUUAAGCUCUUCAAAAUUACCAAAUCAACCUAUUUUUUAGCUUUAGUACAUUUUGAAUCCAAGGCUGAUUUUUAACAUUUUCAGUAUUUUUACUUCUACUUAUCUCUAAUAAAUAUUUGCUCCCUGUCAAUCAUUGCUCUGCCCUUUACAUCUGGCAGUCACCAUAGCGAAAGCUUAAGGAGGAGAGGAGAAAUUAAAAUGUUUCAUUUGCAUUGUUUGCCCUGGCUGUGCCUGGACUGAACUAAACUGCAUAGUUGCCAAAUGUCAUUUGCCACAACUUUCAAAUGUAAAAAGGAAUGGAGCGUCACAUGAAAAUAGUGUAACUCCGGUUAUAGGUAUGUUAAAUCUGUGUAAAUCAGGUGUGAAAUAAUCAAUGGCUAGAGUAUCCAAUGUGUCAUGUUGCUGCCUCCUGGUGGUUAUAAACUAGAAUGCACAUGGUCUCAGAAUUAGCAAUGUCAAAAGUCACUUGCUACUUGUAAAUAUUUCAUUCUACAUAUAUUGCUGUUUGCAGGAAAGGGUCCCCUUUCUUAAUAAACUGUAUCGUGAACCAUUUUCAGACUGGGCGAAUCUUGCACGGUUAGGAUUAAUUACUACAGGGGUGCUGAAUCAGGUUGGAUCCACACGUAUCAUUCCGAGAAGCCCCAGCUCUGAUUUUGGCACAUUGUUACCCAAGAGUCUUGUGCUAUACUGAGAGAGAAAGUACACAUCCAAUUGUAUAAUUUGGAGUUAUACAGCUCAGUGUGGGGGUACUGCUGUCUGUGGGUGCAGGUUUAAAAGAACACUUUAAGCACCAUAACUACUUUGACUGAUUAAGUAGUUAUGGUGCUUGGAGUUUGUGGGUGCUGGGUCCUGCAUUAUGGUUUACUAAACGUUUUUUCAGAGAUUCUUUGUCCCCAGCUGCCUGAAGCCCCGGCCUCCCCGCUUCAUGUAAUACCAGGGGUUGCAGACACUGCCUGUCAGAGCAUCAGCUGAGCUCUUUCAGCCAAUCACUGCCCCAACCACUGAUAUGAAUUGAGCUAUGCUUCCAGCAGAAUAUCAGAGAUCAAGGCAGUGAUUGGCCAAGACGGCUCAGCUAAUGGAAUGGUGUAAAGGGGAGAAAAUCUCUGCUACAUCAUCACUGGAGCCGGGGACCAUGAACCUCUAUCACAAUAUGAGUAAACAAUGCCCACGGCCUCCAGUCGCCAUGAUUAAAUUGACUCCAUCAUUUCAAAUAGGAGAUUUUUAAUAUUAUGGAUUGAUUGUACUAGACAUAUGGCCAAUAUAUUUCUAGACCGGAGAUGGACCAAUUAGACAGACCCUCGCCUUAACAUAUUAAUGGCAGUCAGGGUUGCCACCUUUCUUUGGAAAAACCAUACUGGACAUGCUAAUUUGCAUUAUUAAUUAUCUAUGUAUGACAUUACAGGACAUGACGUCACCGGUUGUUACAUAACAUGAUUGUGAGUUUUUUUCUUUGUCAUGUCACUAACAUUUGGAGUGUGAUGCAGUUUCCUUAAAUCAAAAAACAAACUGCUUACAACGUGUGUGUAGCAUUGUGUGCAUACGGUCUGCGUGUGUGUAGCACUGUGUCACUAUAUGUAUACCUUUUGUAAGUGUGUGCAUAAUGGUGAGUGCAUAUUAUCUUAGUGUCUGUGUGUAUACUGCAUGUGCAGUUGUGUGUAUCAUGUGUAGAUAGCAAUGUGGGAACCUCUCGUAUUUAGAACAGAAGUGAAUAUUAUGGCUCCUUUUCUCCCACUACUCUUCCGGAGUCCAGUCAGAAAAAAAAACAAAAAACCUGCCUUUGCAUUGCUGGUAUUUUUGCAAUACCAGCACAACAACUUUAAAUACUAACUGUGCCAGUAAAAUACUAGCCAGGUGGCCACACGGAGAAAGUGUGUUACCAAAUUAAUCAGAUUCUUAUAAGGAAUAAACCAGGCUGCUGUAACUGCGGCUGGUUCCCUUAUUUACCACUAUAACGUCUUAAAGCAUAGAACUUAGCAGGGCUUACUAUACAGAUAUCUUAGCCAAAUUUUAUAUAGUUAGUAAGAGAUCCUCUAUUUAACAUAUAUAAAUAAUUGAGAAUACAAUAUAAAAUAAGGAUUGUCUUGGAAGCAAUAACGUUUUGUCUUUUAGAUAUUUAUUAUAUAAAAAUAUAGACUCAUAAAAUCCAUUACAAUAAUUUAUAGCAGAGUUUAUAAGAUUAAACUAAAUGCUUGCAGAUAUCAUUAAUAGGUUAACAUACCCUUCUGAACAGGUCAUCAUGUCAGCCUCUCUGUCAUUUUAAGAUGUAGCAGCGUCUGUCUCCAAGUCUCUCCUCUGUGUCUUAACAUUUAAAAGUACACCUAUUUAUACCUUAGGUGUCGUCAUUUUAGGGUUACCGUAGUUCAUAUAUGAAAAAGUAACUUGUUUACUUUUAUUCAUUUUAGAACCUCCCUUAACUUGGCAAACAUACAGACUUCGGUCAAGAUGGCAUCUUAAAGUCUGAACAUCCUUAUCUAUUUAGGGUUACCACAGUAUAUUGUGUACUGAAAGUCGUAGCAUAGCCUUGAAGCUUGUUUAUGCAUUAUUGUUAUUGUAUGUCGUCUGGGACAAAAUGGCGUAAACAUAAUAUGCACUGAGGUUAUUGCUUAAAGAAACAGUUAUGAAAAACAAUAUGUUCCAUUUCUAACAGUGUGUCAGUUUGCAAUCUCUCUUAAAGACAAAGUACACAGUUUGAGGAAUACAAUACUUGCCCAUAACACUGCCAUGACAGGUUUUGGUGGGUUAUGUAAAAUAAAAAUACAUUUAAAAAGCAAAAGCAGUAAAAUUGGCAACAUUUUUUUUAAAAAGUCCUCAAUUGUGUGGAAAGAAUAGCAUAGAGCCUAGGAGAGAUUGGCUCAAAUCUUUAGCGCUUGUGUGAUUUAAAGGAGGCAAACUCCCUUCUCGUGAUACUGGGGUGGAUAUGCACAAAAUAAAGCAAAAAACUAAAAACAAUUUAUUAAGUGGUUUAAAGACAACUUCUGAAAUAAAAGGGAAUCAUGACGGAAUAUUUCCGUCACAUGUCCAUAAGGGGUUAAACAUAUCAUGUAGUGGGAAAAGAGGAGAAAUAUAUGGUGCAGUAUGUCACAUUUCCAAAUUAAAAAGAGAAGGAAAUACUCUUACAGUGUAGGGAGCUCUCUCAUAGCUCUAGAUGUAGCACCUGGGCAGUGCAAUCCCCGACUAUGGACAUGAUGAAAUCUUGGUCCGACUGAUAUUUUCCUCCAUCAAUACCAAUUGUUUGUAUAUACUAUACCAUUGGAUUUCCUAUUUUGUCUUUUUUCACAUAUACCUACUCCAUCCUGAAAACCAGCUCCAAAGACCCUCCAUUUAUACCCAUAGACGGGGAUUAUUCCAUCCAGGCCUUCAUAAUAGAGCUGAGACAGCUCUAACAAGUGUGAGUGUGCACUUUUGCCCACUUGUACUCCCUUCACAAACAUCUACUGUACUGCACCAUAAUCUGUUUCUUGCUUUGUACUAUAGAUUCAUAUACUAAGAAUAUCAUCUGUAUCAUAUGUAUAUAUAAUCUUAAGCGCUGAUCAUCUGUUAUCUGUUGUCUGUUAUCUUUACUAUCCACUUCACAAGGGUGGAGAGAACCCCUUGUUGGCGAUAUGCUGCCAAUUAUAGGAUAUUGAGCACUUAUACUCACCAAUUUUUCCAUACCUUUCCAUUUUUCUUACCAAUACAUCAAGGACAUCCCGGGCGCUGCACCGCCCCUUGUGUUCUCUUCUGCUUUUCUACGGGACAAGAGACCACGGUUUCGGUGAUUAAGCUGCCUUUUGGACUGCAUCAGUAUUUCAUAAGCGCUGAAUAAUUCCUUGUUUUUCACGUUACAUAAUGUGCCAGUAGAACAAAAAUGGUAAUAGGACACUAGAGAGCUGUAUGCAACAACAUUUAAUAACAUCCCACAUCACAAACAUGAUGAGUUGUAGACCCCCUGCUCAAGCACUGUGGGAGAGAUGGCAGUAAAAAUGAUGGUAUCAUUAUAUUAGACACAUUGAAAAUGCAUUCUGGUCCAGGCUUUUGCUGAGGGUACAAUGUUACUCCCACUGCACAGUCUUCGCUAGUCCUGCCUUUUCCUAAAUACACACCCAUAGCCAGUGAUAUAUCUUAUAUAUUUUUGGAUUUGCGCUGGCGUAGGCAAGGAGAACAGUGCUCCCUCGCCGCCUGCUACAAUAUGUACAGCCACCCGCCGGGGACCCUAAAAAACGAGGCUAACAAGGCAUCUGCAAGGCAUUUGGGGUUGCUGUUCUUCCCAUCCUAUAUAACCAUGUCUGUUUAAAAACCAUAUAAAAAGUCUGGAAAAGAAGGGAGUGUUAGAUUUUAAUUAUUUAUUGCCUACACCUCUAACAGCUCUACGUCCAGACAUACGAAGUAGCCUUUCAGUGAAAGCUGUAUAGACUAGGUGGCUUAUUCACUAAAACUCAAUUGUUGAAAGAAAAAAAAAAAAAAUAUGAAAGACAAAAUUGAGCCUUAAAUAGUCAAGCGGUUAUUUUAGCUGAACUAGAUUUUUUCUUCAGUUUAUCUAUUUUAUAAACUUUGCCAUUUGUAUUUCAAUGUAACAAUCAGUGAUAUAGAAAGGGUACUGGAUACAUGGAAUAGCUUCCUAGUGGGAGCAGUAAAGCAGUGAUAUAGAAAGGGUAGUGGAUACAUGGAAUAGCUUCCUAGUGGGAGCAGUAAAGCAGUGAUAUAGAAAGGGUAGUGGAUACAUGGGAUAGCUUCCUAGUGGGAGCAGUAAAGCAGUGAUAUAGAAAGGGUAGUGGAUACAUGGGAUAGCUUCCUAGUGGGAGCAGUAAAGCAGUGAUAUAGAAAGGGUAGUGGAUACAUGGAAUAGCUUCCUAGUGGGAGCAGUAAAGCAGUGAUAUAGAAAGGGUAGUGGAUACAUGGGAUAGCUUCCUAGUGGGAGCAGUAAAGCCGUGAUAUAGAGAGGGUAGUGGAUACAUGGAAUAGCUUCCUAGUGGGAGCAGUAAAGCCGUGAUAUAGAAAGGGUAGUGGAUACAUGGAAUAGCUUCCUAGUGGGAGCAGUAAAGCAGUGAUAUAGAAAGGGUAGUGGAUACAUGGAAUAGCUUCCUAGUGGGAGCAGUAAAGAAGUGAUAUAGAAAGGGUAGUGGAUACAUGGAAUAGCUUCCUAGUGGAAGCAGUAAAGCAGUGAUAUAGAAAGGGUAGUGGAUACAUGGAAUAGCUUCCUAGUGGGAGCAGUAAGCAGUGAUAUAGAAAGGGUAGUGGAUACAUGGAAUAGCUUUCUAGUGGGAGCAGUAAGCAGUGAUAUAGAAAGGGUAGUGGAUACAUGGAAUAGCUUUCUAGUGGGAGCAGUAAAGCAGUGAUAUAGAAAGGGUAGUGGAUACAUGGAAUAGCUUCCUAGUGGGAGCAGUAAAGCAGUGAUAUAGAAAGGGUAGUGGAUACAUGGAAUAGCUUCCUAGUGGGAGCAGUAAAGCAGUGAUAUAGAAAGGGUUGUGGAUACAUGGAAUAGCUUUCUAGUGGGAGCAGUAAAUCAGUGAUAUAGAAAGGGUAGUGGAUACAUGGAAUAGCUUCCUAGUGGGAGCAGUAAAGCAGUGAUAUAGAAAGGGUAGUGGAUACAUGGAAUAGCUUCCUAGUGGGAGCAGUAAAGCAGUGAUAUAGAAAGGGUAGUGGAUACAUGGAAUAGCUUUCUAGUGGGAGCAGUAAAGCAGUGAUAUAGAAAGGGUAGUGGAAUAGUCUUCCAGUGGAAGUGAUAGAGGUUAACUAAGGAAUUUAAUGUAUAGGGUGUUGUUCAAGUCUAUUCUGAAUGACAGAUCUGUCACCAUCAGUUUUCGAAUUUCCUACUGUGCUGGGUGUAUGGGUGAUAUCUGUUGCCAAAAGCUAGGUUUCUAUCUAUACCUCCUCCAACUAAUGGUUUACCCCUUCUACCUGCAUUAGCCCAUGGCAUUAACAGCAAGAGGUAAAGGAUGGGAAUCCAGACCAACAUUUAUAAGAAACAGCAAUACGAUCACAUGGAAACGCACCACUUCCAUGCAGUAAUUACACGCCUGCCCGAUGAACAGAAUUAUCGCCCUGCCUUGGACGGCUGGAAUCCUUAUAUUGGGUUAUUACCUGUAGUGAGACUUGUUGGGAAUUCAAAGUGAAUUUAACACCAAAAUAGACUAACUGGAAAAACUUUUUUUUUUAAAUCUACAAAUCAGCUAUGCUUCUUUUGGCCUUAAAUUUAGAUUUUAUUUAAUUCUCACAUUGGUAAAUAACCGUGAUGGUGUGCAGCAUCUACCAAAUUAAUAAACAAUGGGUUAUCCCUGGGUUGGUUUCUCCAGCUGGAACACUGAUAACACACUAACACACCGUUGGUAUUUAUAGGGUUAAUCAUUAAAGGAAAAAAAAAAAAGUGUCCAAUAAGUUAAUAGGAAUGUGUGACACAAACAGUUACUAUUGUAUCUCUCUGGCACACAAACGGUUAACACUGCAACCCUCUGGCACACAAGUAGUUCAUAUUCUCUCUCUGGCACAGAAAUAGUAAACAUUGCAUCACUCUGACACACAAACAGUUAAUAAAACAAGUCUGCAGCACUUAGACAGUUAACCUUAAUAUCUGGCGCACAAAUAGUUACUGUACCACCCUCCUGGCACACAAAAUGGUUAAUUUUAUAUCCCUCUGGCAGAGAAAUAGAUACUGUAACACCCUCCUGGCACACAAACAGUUAAUAAAACACUCCUGUCAGACCAUGUAACUAAGCGUAAAGGAAAGUUUCUUACUUGAAACAUACAGACACACAGGUAAUGAAUGAUGGAUACAAAGUAAAUGUCCCCCUCCUCACACACCACAUACCCACCCACCAUGGGUGGAUUUGAUUUAUAGAUCUGGUCUCCACCCCCUUCCAAACAGAAAUCAAUAACACCUGGGUCCAGGGAUGCAUUAACUCUCUCCUGGCUGCACUGACCAAUCAUUAGCCCUUUCCUGAUGGCACACCCAAUUAUUAACCCUGAAGUGGCUGCACUGACCAACCAUGAACCCUUUCCUGAUUACACUGUCCUAUAUACCAUUGCUAAGCUGCAUUACACAAUCUUUAAUCAAUAUCACAGCAAAGCACCCCAUCUAUCAGACUGCACUGAUAGGGUUAAUCGCUAAAAUGAAAUUUGCAGUGAAUUCAAAGUAAGUUCCAAAUUUAAAUCAAAAUAUCGGAAUUGUUCGGGAGGGACUAUAGGUAACCGAAUAUUAUUCAUCAGUUAUACUUUGUGUCAUUUAUGUAACUUUUUUUCCUUUAGAUCCAGUAUGUUGACUGUUACCCCCUCCACAAUGUAUCCGUGCAAAUCCACAGCCCCGCAAUGGCUUAUGGGAGUUUAUACUUCCUGUCCAUCAGCAGAAUAAUUGUUGACAACGUAAGAAACUUUAUUGAUAUGAGUGGAUUAUCAGAUGUGAUUAUUUAUAUAUUGUUUUGCUUUUUUUAACAUCCUGCUCUAAUGUUUCAUGUUUCUCUCUGUGUCCCUUGAAGGCCACUUGUAUGAUUUCCAACAUGACAAGGCCGAAGAAGGCGGUGUCACCAUUCCGCCAAGACGAUCUUCUCCACACGGACAUUCUGGUGAAUUCACUGUGAAUUAAAGACCCCAAAAAGUUUCGCUAUCAUCUUGUUGUCUUAUAAUCAUAAAUCUUUGGGGUUCUAUUCACUAAAGAGAUUUACAAUGAAUUUCAAACCUUUGACUAAAAUAUCCGAGUAGUGACUAUAUCUGAGCGGAAGAUUUUAUUUAUUUAUUUUUUAAUCUAAAAUUUUCUGUUACAAUUUUGCAGUUGUGUUUUCCAUUUGAUCCAUUUUAGUGUUUUAGCUGUGAAUUUAGGAAAACAAGCAGAAAUCUACAAGAACAUUCACCAAAAUGAGAUUUCGAGAUGAAAUUAAAACGAAGGUUAAAAAAUAGCCGAAACGGACAAAAUCUCAAAUUCAACUAUUCUUUCCAUUUGGCUACUUUGGCCUUAAAUUUGAAAUUCACUUUUAAUCUCAUUAACCCUGUGAGAGAGUUUAAGUUACACACUUUGGUGAAUUAGCCUUUUACUAUACAGGUAGCCAAUGAUACAAAAUAUCUAUAUGGGCAAAUCAGAUUUAGAAAACAAAACCUCACAAGCAGACAAAUAUAACUGUGUACUGACAGACUUAAUAAUCUUGGGAAAUGGUUUUGAAGCCCUCAACAGUUGAAGGUUGAAAUUGCUGGUGGUGGGAUGGGUGGCAAUGCCUUUUCAAGAAUGUUCUUGCCCAUUUUCUUUCUUAGAAUUGCAGUAACAGCUGGUGUGAGAGAGUAACGUGCCUGAUACCGAAACUCCAUCGGAAUAGUGAGAUAUCCAUCUCGAUACUGAGAGUCAUUCACAAUCAGUUCUUCGCCAAGGUGGGAUGGAUCCAUUUAUAUCUCCUUAAUGUAUGCUGCACCCUAACCGAUACAUAUUGGAAAUGUUAUUCUUAUUAAUGAUAUUUAUCAGGUGGAAAACCAAACUAUAUCAAUGGUACGAUUGAAUAAAAAUAUUAAACACGGUCAUCAAAACAUCUUCAAUAUGAUUAUUUUUAAUUCAUAUAUUGCAGCUUUUGAAGAAAUCGCUUGCCCACCUUUCUCACAGCCAUCUAGAGGUGUCCUGUCCUUUGUUUUUGGGACCAAUGUAAAAACUGCUUUAUAACGUUUACAGAGGAGAGUGUGCAGUCUCUUUGCAUUUAAAGGGACACUCCAGGCACCCAGACCACUUCUGCCCAUUGGAGUGGUCUGGGUGCCAACUCCCACUACCCUUAACCCUGCAAGUGUAAUUAUUGCAGUUUUCAUAAACUGCAAUAUUUACAUUGCAGGGUUAAGUCCUCCUCUAAUGGCUGUCUAGUAGACAGCCACUAGAGGAGACUUGCAUGUUCAUAGAACGCUAUGUGAGGACCUCCAGCGUCGCCGAAAUCCCUAUAGGAAAGCAUUAUUCAAUGCUUUCCUAGGGGAGGUGUAAUGCGUGUGUGCGGCCAUUGCCGCGCCUGCGCAUUAGAUCUCCCCCACUGAUGGCUGUGCAGUAGGUCUCCCUUGCCGUCAGCCAGAGGAGCAUAGUCCCUGAAGGGGUUUUAACCCCUUCAACAACUUAGGAUGGGGGGUGGAAGGUAGAGGGGCACUAAUAUGUUUUCCUGGCACUGGAGAAUCCAUUUAAUCCACUACAUUAAGCUGUAAUGGUUCUGGUACUUAGAAUGUCCCUUUUAUUUGACAGAAUGCAAGUUCAUGGCAAACCUUAAAUGAGAUUUUAAAUGAUUGCUGGGUUUAAACAAUGCAAUGUUUCAUAUCAUGUCACAAACCAAGUGCACAGCAAGGCAAGCAUUAAGCCUUGGUAUACAGACAAAUAUAACAGAUUAACAAUUACAUAUACUGUCUGUAUAUAAUAUUUACCAGUAGGCUUCUAUUCUUGUCUCCUCCUGACUAUAUUGCUCCAAUGAUAUACUCCUGCCCCAUUUAAUCCACUGGACAAUGAUUCUGAUUGGAUGUUUAAGUACCGUAUGUAAAAACUUUAAUAGUUCUAUAUCCUAGAACUGGCUACAUUAAUUUGUAUCCAUUAUCAAACCCACAAUACAGCAUGGGGUCUCCUAAAUGAGGGACCUAAAUUACCUAGAAACAAAGUAUUAUCUGUGCCAAAAUGAACUGUGAAAAAGCAGCUUUCUCCCUAACAAUACAUAUGAUGUUUGGUGUUUAGGAGAACAGUCUCAGGAGAGCUCUAUGUUAGAAAGGUUUCUCUGUUGCACGAGUAUAGUUUUUCCAGCACUCGUUACAAUAGUGAGUUUACCAGUUCAGCUUGAAUAUGAUGGGAGCUGUAACCCACUCUUAACAAGCAAUACAAUUACAAAAAAUACUUUGUAAACAAAAAGCAUUUUAGAGGUACGGUGCCAGCUGGUUAAUGAAGAAUAGUCUAUUUUAGAGAGAGUUACUCCAAUCAUCAUAACCUCUGCAGCCCAGGCACCAUAACUACUUCAAAUCACUUAAGUGGUCAUGGUGUUCUGAGUAACCUUUUAGGAUGUAGAAAAGACGUUCUGGGAGGGAGGCGAUCACUGGUGCAUUUAGUAAGGGAGACCUAGCAAGAACCGAGCAAAAAUCUAUGAGAACGUUGAUGCCAGAUGACGACAAGGAUAUACACAAAUCCACCAAUCAUGGACUAUUUUCACCUAAAGUUUGUAAUUGCUAAUUUAGUAAAUAACCCGAAACAAAAAUACCAUCUCACGAUAUGAGAGACACAUAAAAACUAUUUAUAGGACAGGUAAUCAGACAGUAAAACCAAAACACAUAAAAUGUAGGAUUUACUCUUUAUUGAUAUUAUAUAGUAACAUUACAGUGUAUAAAACAUAUAUUGACAGAUUUACAUGUAGAGUCUAGAACUGAGAAAGAGGGGUGACUAGAGAGUUAAACCCAGUAUAGGCACUGUAACUACUUAAAGCAAAGAGCAAAAUUCUGAAGGGGAGACGGGGGCGCUUGUCCCCUUUGCCCUAUGCAGCAGAUGCCACGUAUUAUUUGUACCCCCGCCUUCUGCUUCCAGUAAUAACCUUCUUAUGUACAAUGAAGGAGGCCCCAAAAUGAACUAGUGGCAUUUCAACUCUGAACAAUGUCUUCCUUUGUUACUUAUAGCUGAUGGAUAUUUUUUUUCCCUUUCUCUAAGGAAGAAAUUACCUCACCCUCAAAAAAAUUAAAAUAAAACAAAAUAAAAAAAGAGGGGGUGGGGGAGUAAUAUAUUGGGAGGAAAUAUUAUCUGCGUUUGUGGGGAACAUUAACCCAUUGUGUGCCGCAGCUAUUCUAACCAUCUUGCAGGACAAUUGACCACGUUUUUGUAUGUUACAGUUCCACGAAUUAAAACGAAUUUGGUGCGCUCGAACAAUUUAAUUCUGGAAUAAUUGCAUGCAUGGUUAUUCAGUAAAGUCUGCAUUGUCAGGAGUUUAAAGUGAGUUUUAGAUUUUAGGACACAUUUGCUGAAUUGGGGAAAAAAAAAUUAUGUUUACAGUUUGGCUAUUUUAGGCCAACAUUUGAAAUCCCCCUUCAAUGAAUAGCCAUGUUUGUCAUCUUUAAAUCCACUACCACACUUAGCAUGUCGUUAAUUAAACAGUGACUACAAUGAGCAGAUGGUUGACUUGUUUGAAUCAUGUUCCUGAUAAGAAAAGCAUUUGAUCUUCCGACUGUCUGAUAAAGUUAUUUUCUUCAUAAAACAGGCAAAAUUCCGGUCAGUCAAGGUGGUCAGUACGUUCGUUCUUGACAUAAAGGAAGACAGUAUUCACUUCACAGAUGGCGGAGGACAUCGUAGGGAGGUACAUAAAUCCUUAAACAUAAAAAUGAAAAAAAAAAUUUUUUUUAUUUAUAUUAUAUUUAUAUUUGUAUUUAUUACCACGUGAAAUGUUACCCAGAACUUACAAAUAUCAUCAGUUAUCCCAUUGUAAAGCGCUGCGGAAUUUGAAAGCACUAUAUAAAUAUAAUAAUAAUCCACUAAAAUUUGAAUUGUCGGGAAUUAAAAGUGAAGUAUUGAAGUGAAAACAGUUUACCUGGAGAAUUUUCCCGGAAUACUUUAGUUUACAGCCCCGUGGGGUUUAUUUACUGAACCGUAGUGAACUGAAUGCAAAAAUUAGACAAAAUUAGUUCAUUUGGAAAAUCUCUCAAACUCAGCUAUAGUCAGUUUCACUAGUUUAGCCUUAAAAGGUUUUAUUUUUCCUUCCAUAAAACACUGAUUUUGGUUGUAGAAGCCCCUUUUGGGCUGGUCCAACUCCCAACGCAAUAAAAACAAAGCUAUUUUCCCUUGCUGAGGCGAAAUUCUCUCUCAACCCAAUCCUCCUUGCCCAACAUCACUCCCACUCGCCAGAAGGGAAUGGAUGUCAGGGAGGACCGACAGAGGGGAGGGCAGUGGAGGCAUUUCGAUGUUACGUCAGACGCCAAUUUGGCACAAAAUGUAAUUAACCAUACUAGAAAUGUGUUCUUGGCUGGCUAAUGACGCUGCCCAGAGGCGAGUUGGACCACUGGCUGAGAGGGGGUUAUCUCUGUAUGUGCAGCGUUUCACAGUGAAAUGCUGCACAUACAGACUCCAGGCACCACAACCACUUCAAAUCUUUAAUCUAUCCAUUUGGAUUUCUAGUACAAUUUAUUGUUUAGUGAAUAAACCAGUGUUUGUUUGAACAGCCAGUAAGAGUUGCUUAUCUAAAAUCCUUGAAGGGACACUAUAUUCACCAGAACAACUGCAGCUUAUUGAAUUUGUUCUGGUGAGUAGAAUCAUUACCUUCAGGCUUUUUGCUGUAAGCACUGUCUUUUCAGAGAAAAUGCAGUGUUUACAUUACAGCCAAGUGAUAUCUUCCCCUGCCACUACUCAGAUGGCUGCUAGAGGUGCUUCCUGGGGCAGUGCUGCACAGUGUGUCUGCCAUUCAGUGUCUCAACCCUCUGCAUGGAGACACUGAACUUUCCUCACAGAGAUUCAUUGAUUCAAUUCAUCUCUAUGAGAAGAUGCUGAUUGGCCAGGGCUGUGUUUGAAUCAUGCUGGCUCUGCCCCUGAUCUGCCUCCUUGACAGUCUCAGCCAAUCCUAUGGGUAGGCAUUUUGAUUGGCUCACAGAAUCAAUUCUGAUGAUUUCAGCUGUAAGCAGACAGAUCAGGGGCAGAGGCAGCAGCUGCUGACUUGAAUACAAGUAAGAUUUUACUCUAUUUAGCGAGGUAAGGGGUGGAGGGACUAGAUGGUGGUUUUAACACUAUAGUGUCUGGAAUACAUGUUUGUGUACUUAACCCUAUAGUGUUCCUUUAAAUCAAUUGUAAAGAAAUCUUACCAUCACGUGAGUGAGGUAUUCCCUUUCAAUAAUUUGAUUUUGAUUAUUAUUUCCACUUGCUAAGGGAAAGUUUUCCUUUUCCCGCUGUGCGUUACUGAAUGCAGCCCAGAUUCUUGGAUUUAAUUCAGAGGCCCAUUUGUUUUGGCAGUGUGUUCAAGAAGUGUGGAAAAUAAGGGAAAGCAGAAUCCUAUUUUUUUAUCCUAAAUAUCAAUGAAAAAGGCUACCAGAAAUUGUCAGAUUCAUCAUAGUGCAGAUUAGCCCAAUUAUAUCUGGUUACAGUAGUUGUCAGCAAAAAAUGAAGUGCUCAAUACCGUCAGAGGAAGAACUGCAUUCCUCAGAUCAUGGGCCAUGGAUUUAAAGGGCCACUCUAAGCACCAUCACAACUUUGUGUAGCAUAGUGCAAAAAGUAAAAAUAAAAUAAGUUUUUCAAUUAAUUAAUCAGGCUGUUAAAAUGCAGAGAUCCGGCUGCCUAGUGUCAGUUUGUCCAAGUCGUGUGAAUGGCUGCAUGUUGUCACCCAACAUCCAGUGGUGGCAUGGUCCUGUCCUUUCCUCAGUCCGUCCUCCCUGUGAGAAGCUGAUAUCAGCCUAGGAGGGUCGUGUUGAGGGAGAACUUGGCCUUGGCGAGGGAACAUAAGUAUUUUAAGGCACUUUUCUUUUUUUCUCAUUAAAUUAAUCUCCUUAGCAAUAAAACUAAUAUAAACUGAAAUGAAAGAAACGCUACUAAAUAAAUGAAGGAUUACCUACAUUGUCAUGGUAAAAGCCUGAGGAAGUGGUUUGCUCUUUUUUUUUCGCAGAGUGUCCUGGAAAUCCUUCAGCCCAUCCUCCUCCCUCUCUCCUUGUGGAUUCUGAUUGGCAGUAUUAUCGGGGGGCUGCUUCUAUUGGCCCUCAUCAUCUUUAUUCUAUGGAAGGUGAGUGACAGUCCAUUCCUGCGUAGUGUGUUGAACGAACGUGGGAACUGUCAAUUCUAAAGCUAUUAUACCAUUACAUAAAACAUGGAAAAUCACAUAUUACGUUUGAUAACCUUUUUUUGGGAUGCUCUGUUUUCCUUUAAGUUUAUGUUAAAGGUUUGCAAAAUUACAUCACAAUCCUGUUCUGGUAACUUAAACCAGGGCGCACAUUGCAAAUGAAGGUGAGAAAUAGAAAUAGAAAAUCCAUAGUGUUUAGAAUACGAGACUGCAUUCCCGUUCAACACAAUUAUCACAAUAAAGAAUGAGAUGUUUUGUGGUUUCCCUUUAAAUAAUGGUGGUUCUGUCGAAUAUUUUCCAGAACGGUUAUACAAAGGACCAUAUCGAACUGUAAUGAAUACAGCUCAUUACAAACUAUCUAUAUUGUAUCUACACCAUCCUUCAAGGUCAGAUAAAGACCACAUACCACCCAUAUCUAUUCACAGUUUGCAUAUUGUCUUACAGCUGUUCCGAUUUUGCGACAUACAGAUAGAUGAGUUCCCAUGACACUUCCCUUGUUAUAAUUUCCUUUCCAGUUCAACCAUAAACUGCUAAGCACUCUAAAAAAACAAUUUCUAAGGAAUUCAUCUAGCUAGUUGGUAAAACACUCAAUACAAAGUACAUAAUGAGAGAGCUGAGCCAUUAGCAAGGCUAAUCUAGACCAGGGGAGCUUAGUAGGUAGAUCCCCAGAUUUUGUAGAACUACAACUCCCUUGCAUGCCUUUAGAAUGCGAAAACAUCUGGAGAUCUACCUUUAUUUAGACUCUCAUAUGGUGAAGAGAUUCCUUCAAAGACUUUGGUUCCACCUGGUGCAUCUUGAUUGGCAAUUUUAGUUCUUAGGUGCUACCAACAGGACAGGUCUUAGGAACAUCACUGUACAAGCACUGGGGAAAGCAAUCCAAACAAACUAAUUGAUUUACAAAUGUUUUCACGCAAAAACACCCAGAAAUUAUGAUCUUGUUGAAGACUAUUGGUAACUUUUGAUUUUGACCACUUUCCCUCCUGUUGUAGCUGGGCUUUUUCACAAGGAAGACCCAAGGAGAGGAGGAGAAAGAGAAGGAAGAAACAGAUAAGCAAGACCAAUGACCACAACCAGUACUCCAGGAAAAGAGCGUAUAAGAUCAAUCACAGACUCUUCUCUGCCAGCCCGGCUGGGUAAUGAACCAAACGGCAUAGGUCUUUGAUCAAGUCAGGACCUUAUUUAAUGACUUAUUACGGAAAAAUCCCUGCUAUUGGGUAAUCAUCUUUUACAGGAUUUAAAAAUAGUACUGAACCAGCUGGGUCGUAAUUACACAAAAGAGUCGAGUCUGAAGCAGUACUUGGCAGAAGGUGACCAACCAACGCAUCACAAUAUCAUCGGGAUUCAAUAAGAAGACAUGGCAAAGAGAAAACUGGAUGCAGAAAUUCUAAGGAACAACCUUCUCCAGUAACCAGCAGUUCCAGAAGCACAAAUGUACCAAAGUAGUGACUUAAAGAAAUGUUAAUGGCCAAGAAGCAUUUUAGUCCUGUCAUACCACUGGGAAAAUUUAGAAUUUCAAGCCUUUCAUGCCUUGUAUUUUUUCUGUCCCCGUAGACUACAGGUUGAUUCCAGGGCGAGGAACCAGGGACAUGAUAUUUUUGGUCCUUCAAGGAUUACCAUGAUAAAAAGAUACACAGCCAAUUUCACUAAUGGUUUUCAGAAACAUUUAGAAUUGGGGUAAACCAGAAUUUUAUUGGCAAAGAUGGAGAGGGAAUUAAUCGGGGGGUGGGUGGGGGGGGAGAAAUAUCUCUAAAACUACCAUAUCGAUAAUUUGCUUCACUUACCUUUUGCCUAAAUGCAAACAGGGUAUGAUGUUAGAAAUAGAAAGCACUUAUUCGGAGAUAAUUUUUUUUUUCUUUUUUAUUUGAAACAUAAUUAGUUUUUAUCUGCUGAGGCUGUUAUUUCUAUAAUGUGAGCAUUCCUGUAAAUAAAGACUCUUUACAUCGUAUGAUUUCUAAAAAGUAUAAAAACAGACAUACUUUAAUUCUUGGAUGGGUGUUUGACUUGGUAUGAAAAAAUCUGCCUGAAUUUUUCUAGAGAGAUUUAUCACUAGUGUGCAUCUGCCCUAUAUCUAGGUGCUUGGAUUUUGUCUGUAUACUUUUGCCUACAUUUUCAUAUAUGUCGUUAAUGUUGACUAAGAAUCUGUUGAUGCACACAUACCUGAUAAU